AAAGGAGACGGGCAAGCUCCUCCGUGCUGGACGUCGGCGGGUCUUACACCACCCGCGAACGUACGGGGGGGAGGAAGUCUCUAAAUCGGGGCGAAACCGCCAACGGGGAGGCCGCCGCCGCCGCCGCCAGUGGCUUCGCUGACCCUGUGGGGGAUAAACGCUUGCGCGCACCCCGGGGGUGACGACCCCAGCGGAGGGAUACCUCUUUUUCAGCCAAGGAACGUCUGAGACGAGCGGAGGGGGACGGCAAGGAUAGAACCGCCGCCGAUCCUUGACGUGUGGGAGGAGAGGGGGGGGCUGCCGGCUCCGCGGCAGGGAGCGCCAAGGCGGGCAGGAGGAGAACACCCGCUGCUGGCGAGUGGGGGGGGGGGAGAACGGGGGCCCCCGGGCCCCUUUGGGGGUAAAGUAGUCCCCGGCCUCCCCCUACGCCGCUGGAGGGGGUACGGUGCGGAGGCAGACGGCGCACUGAUCGGUGCUGCGGCUUCAGCUGAUAAUUGAAGGGAAGAGGCGCCGGGCAGGACAGAAAAGGAGCCGGAGAGCCACAGAGCGCUUUUGCAGAGGCCGCGUCGGGAUAAACUAGGUACUGUGGCUCGAGGCGGACCAGGCCUGUUUUUCAACGCCGGGGUUUCUGUGGGAGGGAAAGCGACUCUUCGGCUCCCCCCCUCCCCUCCGCCCGUUCUUCGCCGGGGGGCCGGAGUCGGGGAAUGUGGGGCGGCGUUGGGUGAGAACAUGACAGGGGGAGGUUGGUGGUGAGGUAGUCCCGGGCCAGACGGGGGCGGGUGGGAGAGAAAGGGGAAGGUUGGUGGUAUGUGUGUGUGUGGUGGCUUUGAGGCCUUGAAUAGGUUUUCAGGAAGUCCUCGCCAUAAAGAGGUCUCCUAAUAUGUACCUAAUAUACAAGGUGUUGGGGGGGGCGGAGGAGGAGGAGGAAAUACUAAACGGAAAAGGUUGGCUUCUUUCUCCCCGACCCCCUCGCUCCGUUCCUAAGAAGAGGAAUAGUGAAGAGGAGAAGCAGCCAGGGUGGCAGAAAUGGGAGCUGACAAAAUGGCCAAACGGCUGCCUGAAGCUUUAUCGUCAUUCAGCCCUUCCCUUCUUUUCUUCGCCUUCCACGCUCCCGUGUAAGCGGCUCUCUGUUCAUGGGAUGAAUCUGGACCCCACCUUUUAUGCCUGGGUUCACAGGAGCGCAGGAUGCCCCAUAUCGCAGCCGUACUCCUCUUUGCGGGCCUACCUUUAAACCUCCCCCCCCCCGCCACGGUUAAGAUUGGCGUUCUGGCUUGUGUGUGAUUAAAUACAAAAGGACAAUGUCAGUGUUGACACUGCGCCCGGGUUUGUAUUCGGCCCUGCUUCACAAACUCCCCCCAACCUCUUUGCUAGCCCCUGUCCUCCCCAGGGAGGCCCCUUUUUAUUUUGUUUUCUUGAAGUGAGCUACUGAGUCCCACGGAAUUAGGCGUAGGGGAGGGUGGAAAGCAGCCCCCUUUUAGCCCAACGGCGGCGUCGGCGUCGACAAUAAAAAAAAGAGAGAAAUGCUAAAUGAUCUGCUGACUCCAUAUUGGCCUGGCUUUGGGGGCUGGGGAAGGGGGAAAUCGUACUCUGCUAAGCGGAAAAGGGUGUUUGUUUAUCCAGUCCCUUUCGGCACUUGGUCCCAUUACCGGAGCAGAUUCCUUUCACCCCUAUGAUUUUAGAGUUGGUUUGUGUUCCUGACGCCUUCGAGAAGAAACUAGCGUGAGGCUUGUUUGCAUAACGCGUCGUAUUUGGCUAUUUACAUUCUUUUUUUCUCCUCACGCCUCGCUUUUGUAUCUGCCGACUACUACCGGGCUAGCAUUCAAACUGAUACCGGGGCUUUUGCCAGCCGUACAGGCCCAGCCUCCUGCUGUACAACUUUUAUUGUUCCUCCUAAUGGCUAGUCCUGUCGGGGUGGGGUGUUCUUCGCAGUAGGGUUUUUAAAGGCAUCAGGAAUUCGAAAAAGUUUAGAUUAGGAACAAGGAAACAUUAGGGCGGGGUGAGUGGAAAGUUUUAUCGGAGGCUUUAGGGAAAAACAACGAUGUAUGGAACAAAGGUCCUGCCUGUAUCAGAGGCCUACAUACUAGGCCUGACUAUGUCGCAUUUACACAGAGGAAAGAAAUGAGAUCUUGGCAUUGGUCUAUGGAUUCAGUGCCUGCCAUGCAUUUGAGAAACGUUUCUAGAAUUCGUGUAGCUGGAUUUCAGGAUUGUUUUCAUACUGCAACCAAGAUUUAAUAGUUCUGCUGUGGUUUUUUUUUUUUUUAAUGAAAGUAGUUGUUCUCAUAACCCUUUUCAUCAGCAGGAGAAUUGAUUUGAUACAGAUUUAAGGCAAGAUCCCAUUUUUUAAAAAACAAAGUGAUUUUCAUAACUGUGACUUUAUGGAAAUACCCUUGGUACUGUUAGGCCUGUCCAACUUUUUUUUUCAAAAAAAUAUUAAGGGGGGAUUCAAGGAAAAUGGGGCAAGAUCCUUUGCAGUGAAAAGGAGAAACCUUUCAUAGCAACCCAAAAUGAAGUUUUCUUCAAAACGUGUAUACAUAAAUGUGAACAGAAAUGUUGCCCUUUUGGGGGUGGGAGGGAUAGUUUUUAUUCCUUUUAUUGCAUUCAACUUAUUCUGAAGAAAGGCAACCAAUAACUUUGAGACUGUUUAAAAAUACUGAUAUAAAAUAAAGCUCUUUUAAAUUUAAAGAUUUGUCCACAUUUAUACAUUCAGUCCACCAGAACCUUCAACUAACUUUAUCUUUUAAAAAGGUAAACAUUAUUACCUUGUAUUAUUUAAGUGCAGCUUUUAAAUUACUGCUUGCCUUUCUCUAAAAUUUAAGAAAGCUGAUGCAUUGGAAGUGGUCUAGAAGAUAAAAGGUGAUGCAUGAAUAGAAACUAAUCUCCAGCACCAUCACUUAUGUAUCAGCAGGUGUUGUGUUGCUGCUGUUUCUGUGUUUUGAUAAUUUUUUUAUGCCUUUCUUUCAGGUACCUCUGACUUUCCUCUAUCUUUGUGUUGCACACAUGCAUACAGUUAAAAUCAGGGGUAGGCAACCUAAGGCUCGUGGGCCAGAUGCGGCCCACUUGCCUUCUCAAUCCGGCCCGCGGAUGGUUCAGGAAUCAGCGUGUUUUUACAUGAGUAGAAUGUGUGCUUUUAUUUAAAAUGCAUCUCUGGGUUAUUUGUGGGGCAUAGGAAUUCAUUCAUCUCCCCCCCCCCCAAAAAAAAAUAUAGUCCGGCCCCCCACAUGGUCUGAGAGAUGGUGGACCGGCCCAUGACUGGAAAAGAUUGCUGACUCCUGAGUUAAAUGCUAUACAAAAUAAGAGUGGCCACCAGAUAGAAGGCUGUGUUUGAUGCCACUUUAGAUUGAUUGCUAGGAGUUACAUCCUCUCUUCUGUAAGAGAUAUGAAAGGCUGUGAAGGAAGCUGUAGAAGAUCAAGGCCCUGGGGCUGUAUUACAAGAUAAUACAAGAGAAAGAUAAUAUGAAAUAAGAAGUUAGGUAGAUAUGGGGUGGCUUGAAAAACAUGGGAAGUGUACCAAAGUUAUGUUGUUCAUUUACAGUAAACAAUUUUAAUAUUGUGGAAUCUAAUCAAUGGGAUCAAUGUUAUCUGCUAUAGUUUUGCAGCUCUGAUACUCCUGAGGGUCUUGUUACCUUGGUGUGUAAGUGAUGCUGGCACCCAGGAACUAAACAAUAGUUCAAGUGAGAAUGAAUAUUUAUCUACCAUAUGCUUUGGACUGGUAGGGAGCUACAUCUAUCAAAAACCAUAUUGUAACAUGGAGCAAGGAGGAAGUUGUAAAAAGGCCCAAGUGACUUGCAUGCACCUGUAAUUGAUACAAAAAGACACCCUGAAAUUGAUAGCUUCUGAUAAGGCUGUUAAAUAUCAAAGACAUUUUUAAAAAGACAAUUUUCAUAAAUAAUUUUGUUUCUUUAGCUUAGAAGCAGCUAUUUUAAAUUAGAAUUGGCAAAUUUCAAGAUAUCUAACCUUCAGGAACCGUUGAAUAUAUCUGGACAGCUGUGGUAGAGCAGGAACUCUGAAACCAUUUAAAAUGUUGUAGGGCAGGCAACAACUGAGUUAUGAGAAUAAAAGCAUCUCUUUUCCACACACCUGAACAAGUUUCAUAACUUAUUUCCUCUCCCUACAAAACCCUGGUAGAGUGAUUCUGUUUGUGGGGGGAUUGGGAUAUCACACAGAAUUCUUUAUGCCCUUUCCAUACUAAAGCAUUCAUUGGAGAAAGGCAUGGCACUUAAAAUUGCUAUAAAAACCAAUGUCUCCAGUGAACAUAAUUUGGACUUAUUUUACAUAUUGGUCACUAUUGAAAUUUAAGUGAGUAGCUGAGUUGCCUGCAAGUGUUGUGGAGUUAAUAAUUCAGUAGGCUCAGAUAAGCUUGGAUGCAAGGACCUCUAACUAAAUGUGAAUAAAGUGUAAACCUCAAAUGCCACAUUUCUAGAAGAAGUUAACCUGGCUUAGAAUCUGGGCCUUCAUUAAUGCUCUGUGCGAAAGAUAACAAGCUGGUGCCUGUGAGUUGGAUCUGAAUUCCAAAGCAGCAUUAUCUAGUCCCUAGUUAGCCCUACCAGCUUCUAAUCAAGGCUCAGUAACAAUUUUUACUUAGCGUUCCGCUUGAAUGAGAAUUACUUAUAUAUGUUAAGAUUGCCUUUCCAUAGUAGGCAAGAAAUAGUGAAGAACUGCUGCUGGACAAUUAGCUGCUAUUUAAUUCCUCAGUCGCUUAAUCACUGACUUCCUGGCAAUUGAGUAUAUGCUGCAUACCUGUGAAGCCAUUAAUACAAAAUGAUGCCAAUUAGGAUUCAAUAUCUGUCCAAUCAAAAACACUGUCAGUAUUGUCGAUCCUUUAAUAUUAUAACAACAAAAAAGAUAAUCAGGUUCAAUAGAGUAACAAGAAAGUUGUUUUGUGACCCUAUGGCUAGCUUUCAAAAAUUGCCAUCAUUUUUAUUCCAUGUUUAUGCACCUCUUUCCCAAGGACUUCAGCGUGGUGUACAGUAUCUCCUCCAUUACCCUUGCCACAACCCUGGGAAGUAGGUUAGUCUGAGUAGGAGUGGUCUAAUGUUGAAGUGAUCAUGAAUGAAUGGGAAUUAGAACCAGAGUCUUACUUAUCUAGUGCGAUAACAAGUACAUAACAAGGCAAAGACCUCUGCCACUCCCUACUUGUAUUUGGAGAUGACUGCAGCUAUAAAUGGGUAACUAGUACUAGAUUUAGCCCCCUGGCUACUGCAGAGGAAGGGACAACCUGUUUUUCCUCUUACUGAUAAAUGUUUCUGUAAUUAAAUAAAAAUGGUAGGCUGGCAUCUACCCAGUGGCAUGCUUGGAAUAUUUGACAAUGAGUAAAUAGGCAGUCAGUUAACCUGUUUCAGAACUUGCAUGCCUGUCUUAAUGCCACUUAUUCUGAUCAUCUGUAAGUGGUUGGAUUGUUUGAGCCCCUGAGCAAGGACCUGGAGAACAGAAUAGCUCCUGAAAAUAAAUAAUCUGGCAUAUAUUUUAAUUGGUGCUCAGUGAGUUCUUCACUUGCAGAAUUUCUGUUGCUGGAAGUUCUACUGAAAUCACUUCUUACGAAGUCGACUCCAAUAAUUAAGGUUUAAUAAUUUUCGUUCUUGUUUUAAGGUGCCAUAAGACUUUUGCUGCAAAAGGCAAAUUGCUUGGCAGAGGUAUUUGGAGCUAGUCUUCAGUUUGGCUGAAAGUGAGUUUCCCUGAGCUUCCUUAAAUCACCUAGUUAGCCUUUUCUACUCCCAACAGUACUGUUAGGUCUGCCUAGGAAUGUUUACUUUAGUAGUAGUAAUAAUUUAUUCAGCUUACAUACUGCCCUUUAUCAAAAGAUCAAAGGUUGAUGGACAACAUUAAAAACAUAUUUUAUGGAGCAUAAUAAUAAAAACAUAAAACAAAGUAUAAUCGUAGACAGCACAGUAGUAAAAAUAAUCAUCAUUACAUUCCCCCCACCUUGAACAAGCCAUAGAUUAUUUAAUGGCUGAAGGCCUGGGUAAAGAGGAAUGUUUUUGCCUGGUGCCUAAAGAUAUGUAAUGAUAGUGCCAGGUGAGCCUCUCUGGGGAGAGAAUCCACAGAUGGGGAGCCACCACAGAAAAGGCCUGUCCUCUUGUUGUCACCCUCUGAACUCAGAGAGGGGGAACAUAGGGAAGAGUCUCGGAUGACAAGCACAGUGUCCAGGUCAGUUCAUAUAGGGAGAGGUGGCUCUUAAGGUAUUGAGGUCCUGAGCCAUGUUGGACAUUUUGAAUUGGGCCCGGAAACUAAUCGGUAGCCAGUGCAGUCUGGCCUGGAUUGGCAUUAUAUUCUCAAUUGUAUAUAGUUUGGAAAAAAAGAAAGUGUGCAUUUCCAGUCAAUAUUAUUAUUUCUUCAUCUGCUGGGCUCAUAGCUAGUUUUCAGUUAACCUAGCGUACUGUCUUGGUGAAUAAAACAAAGUAUAGUGGUACCUCAGGUUACAGACGCUUCAGGUUACAGACUCCGCUAACCCAGAAAUAGUGCUUCAGGUUAAGAACUUUGCUUCAGGAUGAGAACAGAAAUCGUGCUCCAGUGGGAGGCCCCAUUAGCUAAAGUGGUGCUUCAGGUUAAGAACAGUUUCAGGUUAAGUACGGACCUCCAGAAAGAAUUAAGUACUUAACCCGAGGUACCACUGUAUAAAUCAAGUUUAACUAAUAUUUGGUCUUCAGCUUUUCUGGUGUGUGUAGUUGCUUGAACUCCAAGCACCUCCAGCUACAAAGUAGCAAAUAUCCUGGGAUAUGAAGUGGCGCUCCAACAUUAAACACAGGAGUGUAUCUAGGAUAAGAAGUUUGUUGUUAAGUUUAUGCCUUAAUGGCUGUAGAUUUUGUCCAUCUGUUUGCCUGCUCAGUCACCUGGUAGUUAGUUAUUGGUUCAAAGGGAUGUGCUUGAGCAGGGGUAGUCAACCUUUUUAUACCUACCGCCCAUUAGCGAGCUGGUCUUUGACCGUUAUAAAUUAUCUAUCUACCGCCCACUAAUGCAUCUUUCUUGAUGGUAAAAUUUCCUUACCACCCACCAGGGAUCGAUGCAAGGAGGAUUCAGCUUGUGCUGUAGAACCCCCUACUGCCCACCUAGAAUCCUGAAGCACCCACUAGUGGGCGGUAGGGACCAGGUUGACAACCCCUGUGCUAGGGGCUAGAGUGGGAGUAGAAGGGGCGGUGGGAAGCUUGCAGUUGUGAUGGUCAGGAGAAAAUGUAGUGGAAAAGCAAAUACAGCUAUGGACACAAACCAAGGUAGCUGGGCCUCUGAACCCAAGCAACCUGAAAUAGGAUACAACAAUUAGUGGUAAUACAACUUUAAUUAUAUAUAAUUCUGGAUGCGAUAUGAGGAGUACAACUGUAUAUGUACCUUUUAACUCUGAUAGAAUCAGCUGAGCUGUUGAUAGGAUUUCAGUAAAUGAUUAGGAGACUGAUGGUGAUGUACAGAUAUCUUGGUUCUUGAAAGAUGUAUCUUGCUUAACUUGUCUCAUGUGUUAGACCAAGACCAGAGAUCAGCUAAAGGCUCAAAAAGUGCACUGUCCACCCAACUGCUGGCUUUCUGGAUGAUACUAUUUUUGGACAUUAUGUUGAGAUGAGCCAGGCUUAUUCUUGGCUAUUUCUAUCAGGACAGCAAGUCUAGCUUCUUGGGGCUGGUGUGAAUCCUUGGCCCUCCAUUGCAUUUACUUUUGUAUUAAAUAAUAUUGAGCCUUUCACAUAUGGUUCAGUUUGGGAGUCUGGGAGCUGGGGAGAUAGCAUGUUCUGAACAGGGUUGCUGUCCUUUAGCUUGGGAAUUUUCAUGUAUCCAGUGCUACCACUGGAGGUUCAGGUAGCUUCAGUGGCUAGCAUUGUCUUUUUCUAGCUCUGGCUGGUUCUCUAGCUGUGGCCUCACUUGGGCAGGGAUGACUUGGCCACGGUUUCCAUGCUGUGGUAACAUCCAGAUCGAACUAUUGCCAUGUGCUCUUCUUGAGAUUGCCCUUGAAGACUAUUUGGAAAGUUAAACGGCAACAAAUGUGCAGCUCAUCUAAUACCUCCUGCUUUAAUACAGCUGCGCUGGUUGCCAGGUUGUUUCUGGGUCCCAUUCAAAGUGCUUAUGUUAGUGUUUCUAGCCCUAAAUGACUUUGGCUUCAAAUAUUUGAAAUGCUAUAUAUGGUAUGGCUACCAUAUAUUCUCUAACAUUGGUGUCAGAUGAAGUUUGGUGCUCUAACUGUGCUUACAAAGUCCAAGGUUUCUCUCCUUUUCCCCAUCCAAUCUUCAGACAUGGUGUAUCUGCCAAUCAUACAUCUUGUCACUGCUGAAUCUAGAUUAAGCAGCUUUGCUGAGGAGAAGGGGACUUGAUUGGAAGGAAGUAAAUUUAGUACAUACGUGAGGUAAAUACUGGAAUAGGUCAGCUUGUUCAACUUUAGCAUAUUUGCUUCACUAUGUGCAAAGUAGAACUGUGGCACAAUGCCCUCUGAGAGCUGCAGAUGUUAAGUAUUAAGAAGUUGGGAAAUACAGUAAAGUAGAGCAGUGAUUCCCAAACUUUUUUCUCAUGGCCACUUGAAAAUUGCUCAGGGUGUUAGUGGACCACCUAAUGAUUUUUCUGUCCAUUGUAAAAGUUGUAAUGCACUGUGCUGUAUGAUUUUUAAUUGUAUUUUUGUGGUUCUUUCUCUCCUCUUUGAUUGUAUUUUAUUACAUUCCAGUUUGAAUUCUAAUACAAUCAAGAACAAUAAGCCACAAUUAAAAUCAAUUUGAAUAUUUAAUGUGUACACACCACAGACCAGCUUCAUGAAACAAGUGUACAACUAGUGGUCCAGGGACCACUGUUUGGGAACCCUUGAGAUAGAGAAAUAAAUGUGUGUUUUGGUCUAGGAAUAUAGGACUGAAAACACUGACUGCGUAUUUGAACAAAACUUCGAUUACAGCUUGUGGGUUGUCAGGGGUGAGACAUAGGUUGAAUUUGUGUGACUUAGCUCCCAAUGGGUACAGUAGGACUAGAGGAGGAACAAUAUACUGGUAAUCUCUCUGGGAGCCUGCACACCUGUGUGGACUGCCCAAAGUAUAUCUUAGCGUUAUGUGCAAACCAAGUCAUGCCAAAGGAAUUUCUCUUAAGGUAUUUGCUAACAAGAUUAUUUUAGUUAGAGAGAUGUGCCGCUUAUCCAUUAAACAUGUGAGAUUUGUUACCUAUUAUUAUUUUUUAAUUUAUGAAUCACCUCUUACAUAUGUGUUAGGGUGAUUCAGAAAUAUCAUAAACACAGCUGAAAUAGUUUUUAAAACAGUACAGAAAUAACUGAAGAGGGAUGAUCAUUGUGUACUGUUUUUAAACCUAAGGCAGAUAACUUUUCAUCCAGUUGGAAAAGCCUGUCAAAACAAGAAGGUAUUCAGUUGAUUCUGGAAAGUACUGAUAGUGGGCGUCUGUCUUAUCCUGACAGGAAUGCUGUGCCACAGAACAGGGACAGCCACACUGAAAGCCCUGCUCUGGCCACUAUGAAGUGGUCUUCUGAUAUAUUUGGGACUUGGAUGAGAAACAGUCCUAAAGAAUGUAGUGUAACCUACUGGGUACAUAAAAGUCAGUCUUCUCAAGUAACCUGGUCCUGAACUUUGUGACCUUAUAUGUUAGUACCAAAACAUGGAAUUUGACCACUAACAGAUUGACAGCCGGUAAAAAAAAAAUUCCCAAGCAUGAUGCUGGUGGUUGCUUGCCAUCACAAGAAUCCUAGUCACCAUGUUCUGCAACUAGCAGCAGCUUUCUGGACCAACCUCAAGGGUAGCCCUCAUAUAGAGCAUGUUACAAUAAUCGAGCCUUGAGGUUACUAGGGCUCACAGUAUCCCAAUCCAGAAAUGGCCGUAAUAGUCUUACCUGCUGAAACUGAUAAAAGGCAGUCCUAGACACUGAGGACACUUGCACCUCCUCCAGGGAGUAUUGAACCCCAUCCAGAUGGGCAACAUAUUGACUUCCCAGAUCUGGGAACCACUUACCAAUGGAGCCUCCAUCUUGCCAGGAUUGAGAAUCAGUUUAUUAGGUUUCAUCCAAGCUAACACUGCAUACAGACACCUUCUUAACCAUUCCAGAUUCAUUUGCUACAGAGACAUAGAGAUGUAUGUAUUGUUGACAUCUUGCUCCAUUUUUCCUAAUCAUGGCAACCAAAGGCUUAGCAUAGAUAUUAAAUAGCAGUAGAGACUGCAUGGUGCUCUGUGGCACCCCAGAGUUUAAGAGCCAAGAAACAAUCAUCCAGUUCAAGAUGGUUUGAGCAUAUAAUGCCAAUCUUGAUCUAAUUGCAUGCACUGCCAUUUAGUUUCUGGGCCCAAUUUAAAGUGCUGGUUUUGACCUAUAAAGCCUUAAAUGGCUCAGGACUGUAAUAACUCAAGGACUCUGCCUCCUGUAUGAACCGCCCCAGACCCUGUGAUCAUAAUCUUAGGCCCUUCUCCAUGUGCCUCCUCAGUGAGAGGUCUGGAGAGCAGAAACACAAGAACAGGCCUUUCUGCUGUGGCUUCCCACAUGUGGAAUGCUCUCCCCAGGGAGUGUCUACUGGUGCCUUCAUUACAUAUCUUUAAGCAUCAGGCAAAAACAUUCCUCUUCUCCCAGGCCUUUAAUUAGCCAAUCUAUGGCCUUUUAAACUUUUCAGUAAUAAUCUAGAUCAGGGGUUGUCAGCCUGGUCCCUACCGCCCACCAGUGGGCAUUUCAGGAUUCUAGGUGGGUGGUAGGGGGUUCUACGGUACAAGCUGAAUCCUCCUUCCAUCGAGCACUGGUGGACAGUAAGAAAAUUUUACCAUCAAGAAAGAUGCAUUAGUGGGUGGUAGGUAUAAAAAGGUUGACUACCCCUGAUCUAGAACCAUCCCUCAAGGCAGUGUUUCUCAAACUUGCACCCCAGCUGUUGCUGGACUAUAACUCCCAUCAUCCCUGACCACUGGUCCUGCUAGUUAGGGAUGAUGGGAGUUGUAGUCGAACAGUAGCUGGAGACCCAAGUUUGAGAAACACUGCCUUAAGUUUAAACCAUAGCCAUUGCAGGAUAGAUUCCUCAUCUCAUAGACUGUCUGACGAUACCAUGGUCAAUUGUAUCAGAAGUUCAUAAGAGAUUGAGCAAGGGUUUACUCCCCUCCCUCUGAAGGCUGAUCCAGUCCUGAGCCCAGAUCAUAACCCAGAUAAUUUGCUUCCUACAAGAACGUCUAAAAUUGCGCUCAGUACAUUACCCUUAGGUCAGGGUUCCCUUUACCUUACCCUUAAAGUGGAUAUUUUCAACUGUUAAAUGCCAUCAGGUCCAAGAUGAGGUUUAAGAGUGGCCACACAGCUGCCUCCUUCAAGGUGCCAGGCACACCCCUCUCAUACAAAGGCACAUUCACCACACCCUGAACCCACCCAGGCUUUAAUUAGCCAUGACGGACAAGGGUUGUGAGGGGGAAAUAGUUGAAUGCAUGUUCACAAACACGUUGCUAGCAUCAUCAGGCUGCAAAAACUGAAGCUGCUUCUAAUAGUCAGUGGUCCUGGAAUCUCAAUGACAUAGUUAAAAACAAAUGCAAUGCUAUGACAUGUAUCCUUAAAGUCAUGUUGACUUUAGGAAUAUUAUCAAUUGUUGAACCUUACUGCUUUAUGAAGGUGGCAAAAGCUGAUGUUUGAUCACAUAUGCCCAACCUUGGCCUAAAGUGUGUGUGUGUGUGUGUGUGUGUGUGUGUAGAUAGAUAUUACUCUUUGAGACUGGUUACCAAGACAAGUUUUUGUGAUUUCAGUCGUCUUAGAAUGUUGGCAGAUCAACCUUGGCGUAUAUAUGUAGAAGAGCAAAUAUACCCAACUUAGCUUCAUCGUCUCACUUUGACGGCUUUCAUGAGCAGAAGGUCAAUAUUAGCAUGGAAUCCUUUAGGAAUUGGAUCUUUGUGAAUUCCUGUGCAAAGUGACCUGAAUCAUUCAGACUAUUGUCUGCAUCAGAACUGAGCAAUCCACCACUUUCCCCCCUUCUCCAAGUAUUGUGAUGCAAUAUCUUUAAAGGGCAGAGCUAUAUGGACAUGCACAGACUUGGUGCUUUCACUUUCUUAGUAUAAAGUCUUAAUGGUGCACGCAUGUUCAUUCUACCAAGCAGUGACCAACCUAAUGUAAAAUCCUAACCAGCUACACCUGUGUCACUGUGAAAAGUGCAGGUGCAUCCUGCUUGCUAUUGAGUGCGUGUGAACAGAGAUAACAGUUGAAUAAGGUGAGACUGUGUGAUAUAAUGGAGGGCAGCUGUUUUCUUAAGAGAGUUAUGGGGUAGAGGGAGCAAGUGCUUAUGUUAGUUUGGCACUGUGUGUCUAACAGCAGGAUAGGCCUGCAUUCCUGCUAUUGAAACUGGAAGAUAAUAUAUAAUAAAAUAGACUACCACUUAGAAAAGGAUUUUAUUUUUUAAAACCGACAAUUUAAUAUUUGACCAAUAAAUUGAGUGGUGUCACAGUCUACAUUUUAAAAAUGACAUAACAGCAGGUGAGAGGAAGAAACAGGUGGUGUGCCAUCCAGACUUCCCGUUGAAAAUGGUCAAGUAUGCAUGUAAAAUUUAAACCAUAAAUGUCAGUUUAACAUUAACAUAUAGGAGUGUAGUGCUGCCUGCUGCUGAAAAGUUUAUGCUGCACUCCUUUCCUGCUCUUGCUGCUGCUGCACUGCAGACAAAUCAAACUACAGUAGGACUUGUCAUAUCCCUCCAAACCCAGGUUCAUGGUUUGUUUCCCCCAAGAGCAAGCCUUGGUUACCCAUGGCUUGUUUGGAGAGAAACAAACCAUGAGCUUUGGUUCAAGCAUCCUCUCAAGUCAGACUCUGAUUUGUUCCCCGGCAGUAUGGCAGCAGUAGGAACAGGGCAGGCUUAUAAACUAAUAAGACAAAUAAUAAAAUAAGAUUAACUUUUCACGGCACCAGCUUCUCUCCAAGCAGUGGAGCCCAUGAAGGGUAAUCCAGAUAGGGUGCCAUGGCUCUUAGUAUCUGCUACAGAAUUCUGUAGGACAAAUGGAUGUGUUCAAAUGGGUUAAAUGGCCUGCCCACAUACCUAUGGGGUUGGCUGCCAUUCAUGGAAGGUAGGAAGGCACUGUUGGGAACAGAAGCUUUGCAACUUCCCUUCCUAUGAUGUUUCUGCAAUAUACAGGCUGUCCUUCAACACAUCCUUCCUGUUAUAAUGGCAGGAGGUUUGUUAGUCAUGUGUUUAAGAAAAUUAAUUAGCAACACUCUUCUUAAAAAACAGUACUUACAGAGACCAUGGAGACAGCACUGGCUGCUGUUGUCAGUAAGUUUAAUGUGGCAAAGGCAGUGUUUUUUUCUGGGGGGAUGUGGGGGUACACAUACCCCCAAAUGUUUUGUGAAUCUAAGUUUGGUCUCAUUGAGGGGCAGUAUUUCAAUAUGAGUAGGAAUAUGAGAGUACCCCUAAACAGUUUUUUCUAGAGAAAAAAGAGCACUGAAUAAAGUAAACGGGUUGUGAUCUCAAAUACAGUUGAUAAGAGGCAAAAGAAGCUUCUUACUCCAGCUCUAGGAGUCAGAAGGGGCAGGUUGCUGCUUUAGUCACUUGACCAUGUUUCUUCCCUCUAGGGCUGUGGCAGACUAAACAUCUUCCCAUUGUGUCUCUUCUCAUAACCCAACUCAGCCAGGAGCAGUGAUUCGGAAGUGAAGGGCAGUUCACUACGUAACAAGUGGAAAAAUUACCACUGUUGGUUCAUUCUUUUGAAACUUUUUUUCUGAGCAUGUUUUGUUUCAUAAAACAUCAGUUUUAUAAAUGAAAAAUUUCCUUUGGAUUAUGUCUUUUCGCUUUACAGUAGUUCCCAUGCUACUCCAAUUUAGUAACAGGAAGGGGAUGAAUGUAUAUGAACACAUGUAUGGACACAACACUUACUAGAUGAUCAUGGACUGUUCAGUGUCUGUCUAUUGAAGCAGCUAUUGAUUAAUGUCUGAUGUUUCCAUUUAAUAAGGGAAAGUUUAACCAAAUGUAGUUAUGGACUGGGGUAUAAAUAAUGAGAUAGGUAUGUUGUGCACAUGUCAGUCUCUCUAAGUAGUGAGAGAUUUCAAGAGUGCCAGCAUACAACUCAGGCUUAGAUGAAGGACAUUCUGUCUGGUUUUUGUGUGAUAGAUGUUUUUAUUUACACACAAAUAAUAUUGCUACCCUAUUGGAUCUCUCAUUGUCCCCCUGCCCUGCAAGCCAGAACUUUGGAUUCAGCACACAGAGCAAGUCAAGCCUGAGUCUCUUUCCAGCCCAAUUUUCUUCUUAUACUUGCCCCAUUGCAUUCCCUCCAGACAGACAGGAGAGAAGCCCCCCCCCCUUUAUUCUGCUUCUGAAAGCAUCAGUUAGUAGUUUCUGUGGCAACCAGUCAGCUGAAUUCUUAAGUCAUGCAGAGAAAUACUUAACACAUAGCUAGAACUAUUAACUUAACAAAGAAGCUUGUUUGAUCACUUUAGCAGUUUGUCUUUCUGUCCCAACCUUGGGCUUUGAGGAGACCAGAAUAUGCCAACUAGGCUACCCGCCCCAAAAAACCCCCAAAACCCUCUAAAACAGGAAAAGAAAAGUGAGAAGCAGAUAAAUGCUGAUCACAAAAAAAUCCUAUAUAUAUACUACCAUGAACAUCCUAAUUCCAAAAAGAAUAUUGGAGUUAAUAUUGUACGAUAAAAAUGUUAAUGUGAAUUAUCAGAGUUGAUUAUAUAUUGGAGCCACAAUUGAUGGUGUGUCCAGACUGAAUUGAGAUGUAGAAGCAAGUAUUUCUAUAUAUUUGAAUAUUGCUUUCAGUGAGCAUGACCAUGCUUUAUCUCCAAAUACUGAAUAAUCUCAUGGUUUAUGUGAUCUGUAGUGAACAAAGGCAGCCCUUUUUCUUAUCCUUCAGUGGUGAGCUGAGUGGUGGCUUAUAGAAUAGGGAGAAAGGGUUAGCCCUGGUAUAAAGUGCACAUAGAUUGAAUCAUAGAACUGUAGAGUUGGAAGGGACCACAGAGAUUAUCUGGUCCAACCCUCUGCAGUGCAGGAAUCUUUUGCCCAACAUUCGUCUUGAACCCACGCCCCUGAGAUUAAGUGUCUCAUGCCUUACCGACUGAGCUAUUGGCGUCUGAAUAGAAUCCAUGACAAUCCCCAGCACUGGCAUGAUGUCAUGAACGCUGCUGUCGGCAGUUAAGGGCAAAAGUUUGAUCUGACUCAUUAACUUUUUUUUUGGUUUGUUCGCUUUUUAAAAACAACUGGCCAGCUGAUUAAAUCUUGGCUGCCUCAAAAAUGCAUAAAUGUUAACAUUUUGCAUAGUGUAAUAUAUGUAGUCAAAAAUUAAAAAGUGGGGUAGUUACAUAUGUCUCAGAAGAAGUGACAUAUUGGAUAUAGUAACAGAAUAACACAAUUAUAUCUAGAAAGAAAUAUUUUGUUGUUUUGAGCUCAUACGUUAUUUUACUAAUAGAAGAAGCAUUUUCUUCCUUAAUUUUCUAGAGAUUAAAUCCCUAGAGAUUCUACUCUGUUCAAUUAACUGAAAGAAAGCUGCAGUAAUUUUCAUCUAACUAAAACACAGAACCGAACUGUUUUGGCGGGAGGCGGUGCAGAGGAGAGUGGUGGAAAGCCCCAUUGUGUUAGCAGGACUUGUUGAGCUGGCCCUGCCAGAGCAACUGUUCAGUUGAAUCUGGCCCAAAAUCUUUGUUCCUCUGGAGCUACCUGAUGUGAAAAUGAAACUGUAAGAUAAAAAUGGAUUUUAGCAACAUUAUUCUUUUCCCCCCAACUCUUUGUACAAUCUUCCCUUGAUUCAUAUUUCUUAACUAAAAUAAAUUAAUCACUGUCCUGUCUAAUAAUUUGGGUCCUUGUUCUGUCUUGUGCUUUCAUGCACAAUUGACUCAGAAGGGAGUCAAACUGAGCUCAAUGGAACUGACACCUAAAGUAUGUAAUUGAAUUGCUGUUUUAAUAUGGGUAGAUGAUUUACCUUCAGCAUGGUAAAGUUAAAGGGACCCCUGACCAUUAGGUCCAGUCGUGGCCGACUCUGGGGUUGCAGCGCUCAUCUCGCUUUAUUGGCCAAGGGAGCCGGCGAACAGCUUCCGGGUCAUGUGGCCAGCAUGACUAAGCCGCUUCUGGCGAACCAGAGCAGUGCAUGGACACGCCAUUUACCUUCCUGCCGGAGCGGUACCUAUCUACUUGCACUUUGAUGUGCUUUCGAACUGCUAGGUGGGCAGGAGCAGGGACCGAGCAAUGGGAGCUCACCCCGUCGCGGGGAUUACCAACCUUCUGAUCGGCAAGUCCUAGGCUCUAUGGUUUAACCCGCAGUGCCAUGCGCGUCCCUUCAGCAUGGUAGGUAGUACCUUUUAGAUAAUGGGUACUAAUAUUGCUCCUAGGAAGGGACACUCUGAGGUGGCCUUUCUACUAAAAUAGAGAGAGGCCUACAUUUAACUGCCCAUAGUUCUAACUUACAUUACCUCCAAAGUAUAUAGACAUUUCUAAGGGAAUUUUAAUUUGUAUUGUACUUCAGAUCUCAGCAGUUGAUCAUUGGUUUACUACUCUGUCCAGUUUCCCCCCCUCCCUUUUCUUCUCUUGCCUCAUGUUUGGUAACUCUGGCCUCUGUUGUAAUUUCUGUAACUGAGAUCAGAAUUAAAACAAAAACUACAUCUUGCUUAGCAUAGUAACAAAGCAUAGAAUUGAUCAACUGUAGCAUCCCUGAUGCAAAUCUCUUCUGCUGCAAACUGACUUUUUCUGCAAAUUCAGUGAGUGCCUUCGGCAAGUCAUAACUCUUUCAGCCCGCCUAUCUGACCUGUUGUCCUGGUUCAUAUGUAAUGCUAAGCCCAAAGUAUGAACAAGCAAUCAUGUUUGCUUUGCUUUGUAACUCUAAGCCAAACAUGGCUUAGCUCCCAGCAGCACAAUAGCAUCUGCACUGUGUGGGGGAGCAAAGUGGCUGCUGUUUUCUAAAUGUGCCCCCAAUAUGCUUGCUCAUUCAUGGUUAGCCAUAGUUAGGAUUAGUGUCUUCUGUGAGAAUAACUUUGUAGUUGUAAAUAUUAUUAAAAAUAGCUGAAAUAGAAUAUAGGAAACAGUUUGAACACUUUAAAUGAGAUAAAUUAAGAAUUAAGUAGGCAAAUGGUGACACAGAGUAUGGAAUUACAGGGCAGCAAUGUAGCCUUGCAAAUAAGCCCAUAAAGUCUAAUAGCCCACUUUUUUUCUAACUCUAUUUUUUAACAUGCAUUAUUUUUUUAAGCCAUUUAAAAAUGAAAUUAUUCUCAAACCCUUAAACUUUUUUAAUUGCCCUCUGUGGUACAUAGAUUGUUUAGAAACAAUAGAAUAAGGAUGACUGUUCUGUGUUUAUAAAGGAUCCUGAAUAGAUGGAAGAUAAUGGGGGGGGGGAGUUACUAGUAUUUCAAUCUUGUAGUAACUUCAAAUAAAUAGGUGCCUUUCCUUCCUCCCAAAGACCAGAAAAUGUUUCUAGUCAAACUUGAGUUGUGUAGCCUGUCCUUAGGUACACUUACCUAGAAAUAUAUAUAUUAAAGGGUGUAACAUCAUGUGAUCUGGACAGGUUGGUCAUGUGGGAAUCUGCCUUAAUCUUGACAAGCAGUUCUUGUCCAAAAAUAGACCUUGUCAUUUCUGCCUUCUGCCUCAAAAAACCUUAGUUGAGAUAUCAGACAUGUGCAUAUGUUCAUAAGUAUUGCAUGUACUGUUGUGCUUUAAUUGCAAUAUCAUACUUAUGCAUGAACGAAAGAAGGGGAUGAUAAUGUUUUCUGCUUUGCAGAAGUGACUUAGAUCCACCUCCUGCAGAAACUACUAGAAAUUGAUGGUGAGAAAUGAAGUUUGUGAAUUCCCAGGUUAUGGACUAAUUGUUAGUUUUGAUGGGACAUAAAUCAUUAAGAAAGUGUUGGUAGCCAGAGCUAUGAAAAAAGAAAAUUACUGGCUAGAAAGAUAGUCACAAUUUCACCCUUGCAGUAGAGGAUAAAAGUACAGUACUGUACCCGAAAUUAUUCAGAUUCCUCCUUUCCUUAUGUUAAGAUAUGUACUCAUCUGCAUUUUUUUGUUGCAGCAUGCAUGGAAUCUAGUAACAGUUGCAGAAUCUAGUAACUAGCAUUUUAGAUUCUUCUAAAAAUCAAGUUUCUGGCUGUUAUUCCAUGGAGACAUUAAAUAAAUAGUAGUGUUUGCAAAAGGCUUCUGUACUGCAGGGGACUAAAAGAUGACUCUGCCCUUGGCACUGACAAAAAACAUUCAAACUAGCAUUGUAUAACUAAUGAGUUGCAUAUGCACAAACCAUGCAAACACAAUAAAUUAAACAGGUAAACAAUGUAGUUUAAUCCACCUAAGGAUAUAAGAGCAGAAAUCUAGCUUGAGUUUCAGAUAGCGAUUUUGCAGGGCUGGCAGUAACUUUUAAAACCGAAGUCGGUUUACCUAGCUAAGACAAUAAUAGGUGCUCACAUUAUAAUUAAAUAGCUUGUGGCCUAAACAUGGUUCUCUUUUUAAGAAUGGUUCAGACCUUUUUAGAAAAUUAAGAUUAUAAAGCAAGUAUAAAUUAACAAAAAAAACUCCACUCUGAGUUUAACAUGUUUUGUUAAGGGCUUUCCAUGUUCACAGAAACUCCACAAAUGCCAGGAAACUUUAUUUAGGCAAUAUGUGUAUGGUGUAUUGUGAUGUGCUAUAUUGUGUUUGGUUCAAGCUUCAUCGCUAACUUGGAGCAGGAUGUAUGUCGGUGAUGGAGAAGUGGAGCAAAACUCCAAAUGCAUUUGGUCACUGGAACAGAAACAUGGAGUUCAUGCAACUGAAAAUAUUGUGGAGGGGGUUGGACUAGAUGACUUCUAAGGUCCCACCCAACUCCGUAAUUCUGUGUGGGUGGUAUUGCUUGCCAGUUGGGUACUUGUAAUUUGGAAGAGUAAGGUCAGUUGCAUAGAUUCCAUGUGUCUGUUCAACUGAACAGACAAAUCUGGAUUUAGGUAUAACCACAUUUAAUUAUUAAUUUUAAAAAUUCAUUUUUGGUUGGUUCUCUUGCCAUUAUACUGAAAAUUUGGGGCAAUUGUGAAUGGAUUUGUAUACAUUUUAAUGCCUUAAGCAUUCAUGCCAGGUGACUGAUGGAUCCUCUAGUCCUGUCCUAUCCAAAAAUAUUAAAAGCUCUACAAAAGAAGGCUUAAGCAGAACCUAUUUAGUACAAUGAAGCUUCUGUGUCAAACCACCCCAAAGCCAUACAUGUUUUAUAACAUUUUGGCAAGCUUAUGAACAAAUGAAACAGAACCUUUUGUGUGCAUGUUAAAUACUUGAACUGCAUUACUGCAACACUUAAUAAAAUGUGACCAAACGGACAUGGCUAUGGUGUACUCACAAUAGGGUAGAAAUGAGGAAACUUGAAAGAAACUGGAAGAAAGGAAGAAGAAUCUUUUUUCUUUUUAAAUGAUAUUUAUUGAAAAAAGAGUUUUUUUUAAAGAAUUACACAAAGGAAAAAUCAAGACAGAAAAAUAAAAAUAAAAAUAAAUUAAAAAAACCCAUCAUUCUCCAAUUCUCCACUUUCAAUACCUUCUUUCCUUGACCUCCUCCUCUUCCCUUUUCCUGUAUCCUGUUUUAUAAUAAUCACAGCAAAUCCUUUCCAUAAUUCAUAGUAUUCUGUCAUCACAUUACGUUGCUCUAUUUUCAUCUUAUCUUAUAGAAAACCUUAAAGUUUAAAACUUAAAUCUUAAUUUUUACCAACUUCUCCUAAACCAUAGCAUUCUUACCUAGUUCUUUAGACAUUUUUAUAAGAGCCAAAUAGUUUCAUUUCAACAUUUUCCUAACAUUCAUCAAUUUUAUAAAACAGUCCUAAUGAUAAAAAUAAAAGAAAAAAGCAAUCCAGUCUUCAUCCAACGUCCCUUCCUCCUGGUCCCGGGUUUUGUCAGUCCUUUUAUCCUAUUAAUCUAGCACAUUCACCUGGCAAUCUUAUAUCCGAGGCCCUCAAGUCUCUUCCAUGUCCCUUUCGUACUCUUCUUUAUAUUUCCCUUUUAUUCGUGGGAACUCCAGCUUGGUAGUGUUUUUGACCCUUUUCAGCAAGACGAUCCCUUUUCCAUAGUCCAGGAUAGGCUCGAUGUAGUAUUUACAAGCAUGCUCCAGAUUCCCUUCAAAGUUGAGAGCCCCCACAGCUCCAAACAUCUGAUGGCCCCUUUCCAGACUCGAAAAGUCCAAAUCUCCCUGUAAAGGGGGGUCUAUCCAACCCCCCAUUUCCAAACCAAACCAGAUUUUAUCUUUCCAAGUCUGAUUUUUCCCAAGUUCAUUUAUCAAAUCCAAGAGUUUAUAUUCCUGCUGGGCCGCAGCUCCCUCCGUCUCUGGCGCCCAAGAUUCAGCAAGGUCCUCUUCUUUCAGUUGUUCUGUCAUGGCACGCUCCUGUUUUGAUUCCUGGGUGGGCUCCAUAUAGUUUCCCACUACCUGUUCAAAGGUUCUGGCCGCAUUAGUCAUGAAAUCCGUCUUCUGACUUAACUGAUCCAAUAGGGCAUUUAUUUUACAGAAAGCACCCAACAGUGCUUCUGAAGACAUUGUCCUACAAGGUCACAAAUCCUUUCCCACAGUUGUAAUCAGUGACAGCUGCAAGUUCCCAGGAAUUAGUUACAAUUUCACAGUUCCCCACUAGGGGGAAAAACUUCUGGUUAUUCUUUUUCUUGAAAACAAUAGCAACAAAGUUUCUUUUUUAAAAUAUUUUGUCCAUAUUUGUUCUUUUAAAAGACGAAGGGAAACAAUGGAGUCACAAUGUUUCUCUUCUUUUAACUAUCUGUCAAAGACAUUUGUUUCUGGUCAAUGAGCUUCAAACGUCAAUUCUGACACCCCGCUCCAGGGUCAGGACGGUGGAAAAUUACUUUGCUUUAGAUUCACUUCUGCAGGUUUAAGCAGCUCAGAAAAGGUCCCCCUUCUUCCCCUGCUACCGAAGGGGGGUUCAGCGAUUUUAAAUGAUGAAAGUUGAUCCUUUAAAAGUGAUUUUUAAGGCUCUAGUUUGCGUUGUCUUUGCUUUGUUCUGACUACGAGGAAACGGGAGGGUGACUUCCUGUUUAAACCUUCCCGUUUCAGUACCAAAUUAGGGUUAAUUUUUAAGUCCAAAUUCCUUUUUAUUUCGCCAGUUCUUAUUUGAAGUCCAAAUAUUCAAUGUUCCAGUACUCACGGUUGGUUGUUUUAAAUGCCAAAUUGUCCCAGGAAAAAGGCAGCGCUCUCCGGCAACGACUAUGCGGCUUCGCUCCGCAGAAAAAGCAAUUGACUCACAGCACCGCGCCACUUUCCCCUCUUCACUUAGGAGCCCGUUUGUGGGUUCUUUUGUGGGUUGGGGGGGCGCUAAGGGUGCCCGCCAAGUCCCACGGUCACAGGCUUCAUCCGCCUGUGAUUUCCAGAAGGGUCCCCGCUACGCCGCAGCGGAAAGACCCGUUUCAUGCGGAGCUAGUCCCUCCAAUUCAGAGGGAGUCCGCCAUUGCCGGUGGCGCCACCCCGGAAGUCUGAAAGGAAGAAGAAUCUUGUUCAGAUGGCAUCUUGCUCCUGCAAGAGAGGAUAAAUAAGCACAAAUCAUUCAGAUAACUGUUGGAGUGUUUUGGACAGAACAUUCUUAAGAUAAGGCACUAACUUCUGUUCAAACUUGUUACACCCUAUAAUUUGCUGUUCUAUCUCACAAUACUUAAAUCUGUUACUGAGGACUAAUACUGGUAUAACAGCUGUUUCGGCCCGGAAUGCUACUAUAUUUGUAAUAAUGAUGCUAAAUAUUGAUUAGUUGUAACACCUAGCCACGAGGUCUCUUAUACACACACACACACACACACACACACACACACACACGGUUACAGCUUCCUCCCUAUUCUUUAAACUUCAGAGCUGAAAUAGUUUUGUCUUUGCACAGAGUCUGUAUAUAACUGACUGUAAAGAAAUGGCACAAUCUGAUUCAUCAGCAAAACUGGCAAUUACUAAACAUUAGAAAAAUACUAAAAGGUGAGUUUAGAGGAAUAUAUGAUUAAAUCAAAGCUAACCUUGUAGUUGUGAACUGAAAGGUGAAAUUACAUGAAACCGCAAUAAAGGCUUAAGUAAGAAUUGUGGUAUUCCAUAUUACAAACCAAUAUAUUGGUAUUGCUUGCAUAGCAUGAUAGGCCAAGCUAUGGCUCAUCAGUUAAGUUUGGCUUAACAUGUUGUCUAAAAUCACACUUGCAAUUAAGGUCUCUCUUCACUAACCACAGUUGGAUGCCAAGGCUUGUUUUUGGCUGCAGCUUGUGGUUAGUGAGGCGAUACCUUAAUCAUGAGCCUGAGUUGGGAUGAUAUGCUAAGUCAAGCGUUGGCUUAGCUCAGCUUGCUGCCAGAGCAAAAAGGAUGAGUAAGGACCAAAGUGCUGUUAAGAAGAAGAGUUUUGACUUGAUAUCCCGCCUUUCACUCCCCUUAAGGAGUCUCAAAGCGGCUAACCAUCUCCUUUCCCUUCCUCCCCCACAACAAACACUCUGUGAGGUGAGUGAGGCUGAGAGACUUCAGAGAAGUGUGACUCGCCCAAGGUCACCCAGCAGCUGCAUGUGGAGGAGUGGGGAAGCGAACCUGGCUCACCAGAUUACAAGACCACCACACCAUGUUGGCUUAAGCCUUUUUCUGAGAGCCCACACAUUUGCAUGUUCCCAAUAAGCCAUAGUUCACCUUACUGUGUCAAAGUUUGUGCUUUUAUAAGUACAAAUAUUUUUGAAAUCAGUAAAUAAAGCAUGGUUUUAUAUAAAACUGAGCAUAAGCCCAUGCACUACCAUAAGAUGUGUACUGGAAUAAGGAAGACCUUGUCAUGCACCUGAAGUUCAGCAAGGAUGGUGCCUGUAAUCUCAGUUGGGAGUGAAUUCACAGACUUGGGCUUGCAACACUGAAUUGAUAAUUUUGUCUUCUCUGCCAGAACUUUUGGCAAUAUAGUACCUUGUCUUUCAAAAACCACCUCACAUUUAACACUCACCUCUCAUUAGCAACUGAAACAAAGCCUGUAUAUGUAGAAUAGAAUUUGCCCCCAUUCAUCUUAUUCAUCUGCCCUCCUGUACUAUUGAAACCAAGCUGUCAGGAUCCUCUGCUCUGUCUCUGUGCUUCUGUGUUUAUUGUAAAGCAGUAUGAUCUUGUACUUCAGGGGUGGGAAAUCUGUGGCCCUCCAAAUGUUGUUGGAUUAUAAAAAAGGGCAUUCCUGGCAAUUGGCCAUGUCAGCUGGGGCUGAUGGAAGGUAUAUUCUCAACAAGAUUGCUUACCUGGAAGUGAUUUCCAGUGAAUUCAAUUGGGGCUACUUCCGAGUGUGUAAAUGACUGCAACAUAAGCAAAAGGUAUUUUCCUACCUGUUUUCUAGAUAAUUGUUUCCAUGCUAAGUCUAAAGAACGGAUGGAGGGUGAAAUACUGUGAAUGGUUUAAGUAUAAAAUGUCAUGGUCAACACACUUCUGGGACUAGCCGCUGCACUUGGAAAUGGUGCAAACGUUAGAUUUUUAUCACCAAGGACAUUGGCAUUGCAGUGUGGAGCUUUACUUCUGAUGUCAUUAGCAAAGCAAUAUUUUUUCAAGCCUCACAGCCAUCGUAUGCAUUUUUGCUCUUCAUAAACCCUUAAAAUGCAGUGCCACAAUGUAGUUGCUGUUACAUUCCCAAAGUCAUUAUUUAUCUUUAAACAUUGGACAAUUUUAAAUGCUAUUUAUUGACAGUGUAUGCUGAAAUCACGCCUUUGGUAAGGUCUUCCUUCCUUGCAGAUUAGCCAUUUUUGAGCUUCUCCCUGGCUAAGAGUGGCAUAUUCAUCUAUUGCCUUUUAAACUCGGGGGACGGGGGGACGGGCGGCUAGUGGUAUUGUUUUUGUUUGCUUCUAUGUUCUGUAUUUCUCAGUUUUUAUAAUGUAAACCGCCCUGUGAUUUUGGGAUGAAGGUGGUAUAGAAAUUUAAUAAACCAAUAAACUAGUAUUUCAGUCUGAGCAUUCUUUGCUCGUUUAUACAAGCAUUUAUUGAGGAAUCUUGUUGAAGGGACUGUCAUAAAAAUAAAGUAGUGAUGUUUGUGCGUUGGAGAGCAACACAUGUAAGAACUGAUAUAUGUGAUGCUCUCAUAAUUCUCCCAUUCCCUUAACCGUGAGGGAUUACUCAACAACUCUCAUUUUUCUGCAUGAAUUAAUCAGCCUAUUACUGAUUAAGGCUUAUAUUGGAACCAACUUUAACUAUUCACGGCACUAACUAGGGUUUUAGCCAGGAUUUGAAGCUAGUUCUAACUGUCUAGUAAUGACUCUAGUUGGCAUCAAUAGUGGUUGAAGCUGGGGGUUUUUCUGAAAAAGAGAAUACUAUGUUUCUGCAACCUAGUGAUGGCCAAGGGGAUAUUGUGUACAUAAGACCUUUCUGAUUUGGUUUAAAUCUGUUGAUUAUUAUUUUUUAAAUCAUUGAUUGUGUUCUCUUUCUCUUUCUAUCUGCUAAUGUAUCCUAGCAAGCAAUGCUUUAGAAACUUUAAUAAGUGAUAUUUGGUCAUUGUUUGAAAUGUUCAUUGGUAUAUAAUUCUGUUUUUUCUAAAAUAUUGUGAGGAUUAAUUAACCUUUAUCAUAAGAUGUAAACAUUGCAACAGAGGUCAGAUAUUCUCAUUGGGGCUCUUUUUUUGUCUUUCAGUGAAUGGUAGUGUCUAGAAAGGGUAUGUCCCUUCAGGAGAGAGGUGCCAAUGUCCAACCGGCCUAGUAACAGUCCAGGGGGCUCACUGCGACGUUCACAAAGGAACACUGUCGGGGCCCAACCGCAAGACGACGCAGUAGGAGGAAGGUAUGACUCGUUAUCUACAAGCUUCUGAUCAUCAGAGGUUUAACACUUGGGGGAUAACCCAAUAAAUCAUUUUCUUUAUUUAGGCCAGAUAACUGUACUUCCCUUGCAUUUAUUAGCAUCUCUGAAAUGUCUCCUUUUGGCCUUAACAGUUAGAAUUGUGAAUAUAAACAUAAAAUGCACAACCUCCUCCUAAGCAUUGAACUAGAAUGCCUAGUUCACAGGGCUUAAGCAGAUUUAGGUUUAAAGUCUUGUUCUAUGGACUGACGCUCACAUGCAAUCUUUUGGUUCAGGUUUUUAGUACAGAUUUCUUUGGAAAAGAGACUAAAAUGGCCUGUUGUACAUUUGGCUUUAUCUUGCAGCAAGAAUGUAAAAAGAAUUUUACAUCUGAGUGUUGAUUUAUGCACCAGCCUCUCAGCAUGGCUUUUUUGACGCAGCAGACAUAACAUAUGCACAUAGUUAUUUGGUGUUGGCAUCCAUCUGUCUUCAAGGACAAUGGAGUGCGCCUCCAGGGGUAAAGUCAAACCGCUGCAUUAGCAGCACUGUAGUUACCUCUCCUUUCCUUCUCUGUGUAUAGGAGCAGGACGUUGGAAGUUUUAAUUUCAGUUUAAGCUGGUCAUGGUUUCCUCUCAUGUCUGAAACUAGGAGUCAUGGUUGGACAAUAAAGAUGGCCAGCUUCAAAACAAGCCGAUUUCAGACCAUGGGUUCUGAAGUUGAUGGUUUUUUAUUUUUUUUAAAAUCAUAUUUAUUAAAGUUUCCAAACAUAUAAAAAUACAAAGAAAAAAGACAAAAGAAAGAAGAUAUUUAAAAACCUUACUUUCAUUCCCUACUUUCUGGGACUCCCCCCCUCCCCCCCCCAAUUGUAUUCCCCUUUCCUUAAUUUGGUUCUACAAGCUCUCACUCCCAAUUUAAAGCUUAAUUUGUUUAACCCACUAUCCAGAUUGAAUUGUACAAAUCUUACCACCGUCCCACAUCAUUAACAGAAAAAGAAAAAGAUUUUCCCCAAGAUCCACCCCAGUUCCUUCCACAAAUUCCCUUUUUUUAAACACGUCCGAUCAAAGUAAAAUAACAUGCGUAAGUUAUGUAAAGAAAUAGAAAAUAAGAGAUAUAGAAAAAUUCAAAAAUGGUUACACAGCCUUUGGAUUUCAAAUCUCCCCCUUCCCCGGUUUGAAUUCCCCAUGUCCAUCAGUCUAUACAUUAUCAGCUUGGAAGUCUCAUUUCAUGACCAGAUUUCUCCCGAUUCCAUCUUGCCGGUUUUCUUUUAGUUUAUUAAUUUAAAUAAUAUUUGACUUCAAAUGUCCAAUCUAACAAAGGCCUUUAAUUUCCUUGAUCUUUACCACUCCUCCCGUUGUUCUUUCCGUGUCGUAAUCAGUCCUUUAUUCUUCUUAUUCCUCACUUUCUCAGGUUUCUUGUCCUGUUCAGCUGCUAAAACUUUCUAAUUCAGAAAUCUAGUGUCUCUGCAGAGGUUUGUUAUUCAGGAACAAAAACUUACGUCCAGUCCCUUUCUUUCUUCAAUAAAAAUUCCAUUGUCUUCCUCUGUAGACAAAAUACUCUUUCAGUUUUGCAGCUUUCCCAGAAGAUAACAAAUCCUGUGCGAAUCCCAGGGUAUUUUUCCACUUACGACCGUUCUUGUAGUAUCCCGAAACCCCUCUAGGGGGAUUGUAAUAACUUUGUAUCCUCUAAUCCAAAAGUCAAAUUGUUGCUUAUUUUCCAACAGUUUAUAUCCAUAUUAUAGCAAAUUGUAACAAAAUUAACCAGCAAGGUCCUCAUAACAAAGUCCUCUUUAUAUUCUCCAGCUUUGACAGCCACUUUGACAGCUGUCAAAGUCUCCGUCUCUCUUCACCAGGCUCCACGAAUCGCCCCGGUUCCCAGGGGGGGGGUUGCAUUUUUCUUCUCACCCUCCACUCUUCUCCUCCAGCACAUUUCUUAUAAUUUCCCAUCGUGAAAUUAAUGAUUUUUAUCAGAGACAUACUUCCCUUUGGACCUUGGUUACCCAGUCCUUGUUUUGGAAUGCUUACAAUAGGGGGGGGGAUUGACUUCCUUUUAAAUCGCCCCGCUCGUGCCAAAUCCAAAAUUUUGAACCCGGUUUCCCAAUUACUCACGGGUUGUUGUUAAUAGUCCAAAUUUUCAAUAGAAGAAGUCAGCGCUCUCCGUCGAAUGGCAUGCGGCUGCGCUCGGCAGGGAAAGCAGUGGACUCAAAGCACCACGCCACUCCCGGCACCCGAUCCGAAGCCUUUAAAAAGGCUCCUUCACGAGUCGGGAGGGCGCUAAUGGUGCAAGCCGAGUCACCCAUGUCCACGGACUCCGUGCCCGUGGUUUUUAAGGGUCCCCGCGUCGCCGGCGCGGUAGGACCCAGCCCCUGCCGAGCAGACUCCCUCCGGAGCUCGGAGGGAGUCCGCCAUUCGGCGAUGGCGCUAACCCGGAAGUUCCUGAAGUUGAUGGUUUUUUAAACUACGUAAAUUGGAGUCCUUAAUGUCUUGAAAGACCAAAUCCCCCUCCACUGCCCAGUAACAUCAUUAAGAUAAACAAAUGGAACCUCGUUAGACUUCCAUGGCCUAAUCAUUGUUGCUUUGUAGUAACACGGAUAUGGGCUUUCUCAGUGGUAGCACUGGUUUUACGGAAUGUACUUCCAACCAAAAUACUCGGGGCAGGGGCAUCUAUAUUAGCUUUCCACUGGCUUUUGAAGCACUUGUUUACGCAAAUAUCUUGACCUGGAUAUUUAUCUUUUAAUAGUUUGUUUAACUGUUUUUUGAUGCUUUGUAAACCAUUUAGAAACAUAUUUUGACAUUCAGGGAUGCAUAAUAAAUUUUAAAUAAAUUACUCUAAAUCCAGAGAUACAACAGCAUCUUUUUAAUAAUUACUGUAUGCCCUGUAUUCUCCACACAAAGGUUGGUGAAUCUGACUUGACAGGAUGUGGUAUGACUGACUAGAUUUAUGUUUAAACAGAUGCAGCUUAAUUUUCAGAUAUUUAAUUCAAAUGCUAUUAACUUUAGAAAUAUUGAGUAACUGAACUCUCAAGUGGCCAAGAUAUAUCAAGCAAUUGGUCUGCAUAAUUAAGAAGGAGAUGGACUCUGGUGGCUGAUCAUAUUACUUAACCGUGCCUGGGCACAUCUCCCUCAGCAUUACAUCAGUAGAGCAUGUGGCAGCUUGUGCUUCACCUUCUCUUCACUUAUUUCUAAUUUCUGUAUUACAUGGGGACAGUGAUUCUUCUCCCCCCCCCCAAGGAUAAUGAUAAACUGUUGCCAACCACUAGCAUUUCUUUAUUGACAGGAGAUUAAAUAUGCAUUAAAACAUCAGUCAUUAAAAACUUCCCUAAACAGGGCUGCCUUCAGAUGUCUUCUAAACGUCAGAUAGUUGUUUAUUCCAUUGACAUCUGAUUUAUUUUGGUAAAUAAAAAUGCUAAAUGUAUAUUUGGUGAAUAAUUGCUCAGGUUACAAAUAAUUUUAUGGAGCUGCAGGAUUUAUCAACUACAGAAUCAUUGUGCAAAUUUUUAUCAUUUGUGUAGAGUGAAAGUGAGAAGUUUGGAGCAUUUCUUAGUUGUCCGUAUGCAUAUUGUUAGUAAGAGGAAAUGCAAAUUAAUAUAGGAAACUACAGACUUCUAAAUAGGUUCAUGAUUCCAAAUCUCUGCUUAAUGCCAAUGAUGGAAAGACUGAAAAGGCCAGGAAAUAUCAAAGAAUACCAAUUUGAGAUAUAAUUUCAUUUGAGAGAAUUGAUGUUUUGAUAUACCUAACUUUUCUUCCUAGAACAUCUUUGUAUAGGCUUAAUGGAAAACUAUACUGCAAAUAUACUCCAUGUAUACAUUUGUGUUUGUAUGCCAGUUUUCCUGAUAGCUUUCUGUUCUUAAUUAUUUGCUGAUAGGUCACAUUUAGGGCAGGCAAAACAUAAGGCACAUAGCCCUUCUGAAAGUAGAAAAUCAGUAUCAAAGGCACCCAAAGUGCAGUCCAAUACUACUUCUGAACAGUCCAAGGGACAAGUUUCUAAAAGGUAACUUUUAUUUUUCUGAAUUUACAAAUAUAACUUCAGCAGUAUAUAUUGUAAUCUUCAUUGUUGUAUCUAUUGUAAGCAAUAACAAUUUUAUUUAUGGAUGCUAUAUAGUUAUAUGUGCUAUGUAAAGAAGUGCUUCCUUUUGUCUACCCUGAACCACCACCACUUCAUUUGAUGACCCCAGUUUCUGUUAUAUCUGUUAUUUCUUGAACUGCAGCCUGGAAACUUUCCCCAGCUAUAUUGCGUUUUUGAAUAUCCAUUACCUUUUUGGUGAAAAUUCUAAAAUGGAAAAAGAAAAAAAAAAGAAUGCAAUACUGAAGUGGUCGCUUUUCAUUAUUAAUUGUUUAGUAUGUUAGAGACACACGUGUUGACAAUACAAGUUUCUGUAAAGCUUUCAGCACUACUGCUUCAAUCAAAGUUGCUUACUAAAAUCAGAAUUAAAAGUUUAAUGUAGAUUUUUGCAUUUUAGAUAGUAAAAAAAGUAGCUAUUAUAAUUUCCUUUCCUUGGAAUACCACAAAUUAAAUAGCUGGAUGACUCUGUAGAAGAUGAUGAUGAUGAUUAUACUGCUUUUUUCUCCCCCACAACAGAGGCUGUACCUCAUCUGCUAUUAUAAUUCCACAACAAGAGGCUCUGGACACAGACAAUACUUUGGAGCGGCAAAAACCAGGGCAGGUGCCUAAAAAGGACAGUCCUCGAGGAGUGAAACGCAGUGCUAGCCCAGAUUACAACCAGACAAAUUCUCCUAGCCCUGCCAAAAAAACCAAAGCACUUCAGCACGCUGAUUCUUCCUCAGAUUUGGAAACAAACAAGCCACAGACUAAGUCUAAGAAAAGACACUUGCAUCAAGAGCAGGAGUCAAAGUCUUCACAAUUGCCAUCAACAAGCAAGGCUCAUACCAGAAAGGGUGGAGCUGCCAGUGGCUCCCGAAGCCAGAAACGGAAAAGGACAGAGACCUCAUCCAUUGUAAAGAGUCGUCCACCAGCUGAAUCGACUGGCAGUGAAGAGAGACCAGCAAAACCCACCAAGCUGGCUUCAAAAUCAGCGAGCUCAGCCAAAGCUGGGUGUAGCACCAUCACAGAUUCUUCCUCUUCAGCCUCCACAUCCUCCUCUUCUUCUGUUGUUGCUUCUGCCUCUUCUGCUGUUCCUCAGGGUGCCAGAGUGAAACAGGGGAAAGACCAGAGUAAGGCCAGGCGUUCCAGAUCUGCAUCCAGCCCCAGCCCACGGAGAAGUAGCCGUGAUAAAGAACAGAAUAAAAUAAGUGGCUCUUCAAAGUUUGAUUGGGCUGCUCGUUUCAGCCCCAAGGUUAGCCUGCCUAAAACAAAACUGACUCUGCCAGGCUCUUCUAAGCCAGAGGCAUCAAAACCCGGGCCUUCAGGAUUGCAGGCUAAACUAGCAAGUAAGUUGAAAAUGUUUUUACUUAUGUGAGGGCUUGAAAAUUGACCACCUUAUGUAACAAGCUUAUUGUGCAGGAUUUGCAUUAAAUAGUAUAAGAGGUAAUUUGCAGGUGAGAAUCAUGGGGAGGGGAAGUCUGUACAAUUGUUAUAGCCAAGGAGAAGCUACUGUAAUACUUCAGGUAUAGAUGUAGAGGUGUAUAUUUGAAUACUUCCCCAUAGGGGGACAACUCCAUGUUGAAGAAGAGAGGGUUUGACCUGAUCUAUUCAGCAUGCUAGUUUUCUGGAUGCAAAGAUUUAAUCCAAAAUAUGAACUGGUCCUUAGUCUCUAUUCCAAGUUGCUUGUCUUAUUGUACAAUAACUUAACAUUGGGUAUGCUUUUUAAUAUGGACCCUGAAAUAUUUUCAUCCCCUGAUAUCACCUUAUUUAUAUAUUAUUUACCAAGGUUUUAUACCCCUUCUCUGCUAUGCCUUAGAACUAUUUGUGUUUAGUAAUAUUACCCAGGAGCACAGUCCAUAACCUCUGAUUAAGUAGCCCAGAGGUGUUUUGCAGCAUCAAAUCUCUUUUUUCAGCCUGUGGAAACUGGUGUGCGACCCAGACUGCUGUUGAAUUGGUUUGAUAUUUUGGAGAGAGGGAGGUUGUUCAGAUGUGUUGCUUUUUUGAUGUCUGUUUCAUACAUUAGUGACAUCAUCAUCCUUAUUAUUAUUAAUUACUCCACCCAGCAUAUAUCAAAACAUAAUAAACAUCAAACAUUAAAAACUUCCCAAUACAGGGCUGCCUUCAGAUAUCUUCUAAAAGUUAUGUAGUUCUUUAUCUCCUUGACAUCUGAAGGGUGUUCCACAGGGAGGGCGCCACUACUGACAAGGCCCUCUGCCUGGUUCCCUGUAAUUUUACUUCUCACAGUGAGGGAAACAGCGAAGACCCUCAGAGGAGGACCUCAGUGUCUGUGAUGAGCAAUGGGACUGGAGAUGCUCCUUCAGGUAUACUGGGCCUAGGCCAUUUAGGGCUUUAAAGGUCAGCAGCAACACUCUGAAUUGUGUGCUCAGAAAUGCACUGGGAGCCAAUAAAGAUCCUUUAGGACCAGUGUUAAUGGUUUUGGCGGCCACUCCCAGUCACCAGUCUAGCUGCCACAUUCUGGAUUAGUUGUAGUUUCGGAGUUACCUUCAAAGGUAGCCUCACGUUGAGUGCAUUGCAGUAGUCCAAGCAGGAGAUAACCAGAGCAUGCAACCACUCUAGCAAGACGGUCCAUGGGCAGGUAGGGUCUCAGCUGGCGUACCUUUAGGCUGAAGGGUGGAAUACAAAUUUAAUAAAUAAAAUCUAACCAAGGCAUAGCAGAUCAAACACAACCUUCCAGGAAAAAAAUGAGAUUUAGUCUGCUGGCAGGAAAAAGUCUUCACAAACUAAGAGAAGACAGUUGGGAUGUUAUGACCAUUGAGAGAGCCCUAUCUCUUGACCCCACCAGUUGUGCUUCCACCAUAGUUGAAAAACAGAAGAGCCCCACACUUAACUUCAUGAGCUGGCUGGCUAGUACAGGACCAAGUUCUGGUUACUGUAAAUCAGUACAGUCAGAAGACCAAAUGCUUAACAGUAGAGAAUAGGGUUUUGUUUUUGUUUUACAUUGUCUAUAUACUGUAUUUUCGCUCUAUAGGGCGCACCGGACCAUAGGGGGCACCCAGUUUUUUUGGGGGGAAAUAAAGAAAAAAAAUUAUUCCCCCCCCCAGCCCCAAAGAGCAAAGAAGCCAAGACAGCCAGCGGGAUCUAUCCCGCUGGCUGUCUUGGCUUCCUCUUUAGCCACGCACCACCUCUCCAGCUGGGAGAGGCUGUGCGUGGCUUCGUUUUUAGCCGCGUGGCUAGGGCGGGGGAAGCCCGAGCUUCCCCCAACCCCAGCCCCCAGAACAGGCCCGGGAGCGGCGGCAAGCGCUGCGGAUAGCUGCCCGAAGCCCGGGGAGUGCAGCGCUGCGCUGCCUGGGCUUCGGGCUGCAGGCUGCUAUCCGCAAGCCUCGGAGCCCGGCGGGCACUCCCGCCAGGCUCCGAAGGCUUGCGGAUAGCUUCCUGAAGCCUGCAUUCGCUCCAUAGGACGCAUACACAUUUCCCCUUCAUUUUUGGAGGGGAAAAAGUGUGUCCUAUAGAGCGAAAAAUACGGUAGUUUAGAUUUCAUAGAUUGAAAUAACAGGGAAGAAAGAAAGCACUGGUACAACUGAUAACAUUCACCAGUUAAUCCUAAAGGUUAGUUCCAAGCUGUUAUCAGGUAAAAAUAUGGGAAGAGCCAAUUGUGUAACCUUGCAUGCAAAAGGGCCUGGGUUUGAUCCCUGACACUUCAACAAUGGGUAUCUUGUAGUAAGGCUAAGAAAAACCUCUAAUUUAGGCCUUACAAAGCUGCUACUAGUCAGAAUAGGCCACAAUGUGUUUUCAUAAGUGAAGGGGUGCUAAGAGUGGCAGAAGGGUCAUUCUUGGUAGUUCCUCCACCAUCAGGGGCUUGGGUAGGAGUGGGCUGAGAGAGGGUAUUCUCUGUGGCAGACCCCAAGUUGUGAAACUCCCUCAUCACAGAGGUGCUUCUGGCACCUUCAUUUUACAACUUGCUGCAGAUUCUGAAGACACCUCUUUACCCUGGCUUUUGGCACUUGAGGUGUAUAUUUUUUAGCGCCUACCCUAUUUUUGUGAUUUUAAGUUGUUCUAAGUCAUUUUUAUGUUGUAUUUUGGUGUUGUAACCUACCCUGGGACCUUGGGAAAGGAGGACAGGUACAUAAUAAUAGUAAUAAUUUCCAGUUUGAUAGAUCAAGUAGGAGUUGAUGAGAAAGUCCUUUGCUAAGACUCUGGAGAGCUUGUGCUUAUGUCCUAGAUGUAUAGGUAGUAGUCUCAUCUUAAGGUUAUGAUACAUAAAUGAUCUUAGGAAGGCUUAUGCUGGUAAAAUAAAUUUGCAGCUUGCUAUCCGUUGAUGGGAAAUGGUUGUUUAUGCAACCUGUGGCCUGAAUUCAGGCAUAUGCAAGGUUUCAGAAUCCUUUUGAGCCUUGAGAUGGGUAGGAGUGAUAGGAGGAAAUUUAUCUCUCAAGUUGUUAAUGACUCAGCUUUGUCUGGUAACUGAGCAGCUAAAGCAUUUUCAAGUCAACUUUGCAACAGGUUGCUUGGAUGCUCUUAGGCAUACACCCUGGUCUGAUGGUAGAUUAAACCACAUAACAUGGUGUGGGACAGAAGCUACUAGUCUAAACAUUGUUCAGCUAAGUUGCUUCAGCUCCCAGAUCAAGAACAGUUCUGAGCUCUUAUUUAAAAAUUGGUGUUAAGUUUCUAAGAUGAUCGGAAUAUAUUUCAUUUUCUACAUAGAGUGCCUCAUUCCUUGGAAAAGGGAUAGGGUCCACUUCUGAAUGCAUAUUGUAGACACAACCUUUCAUAACCUCUAACGUCUCUUGGUUUUAUCACAUAUGCUAGCUAUUAUUACCAAAAUACAGUGGAACCUUGUGUUACGGAUGGGAUCCAUUCCGGAGGCCCAUCUGUAACACGGAACUAACACAAGCUGAAGAGCCAUGUCUGUGCACGUGCGCAGCGCGAUUUAGCAGUUCUGCGCACGUGCGAGUGGUGAAACCCAGAAGUAACCCGUUCCGGGUUGCCACGGGACGCAAGACAAAAACAUGCAUCCUGAAGCGGACGCAACAUGAGGUAUGACUGUGUCACUUCAGUAGUUUUCCAUGCAUUCAUAUCCCAUAGCCUUUGUUCUAAACUUCUGAAAAGGAAUAACCUUCCUUUGUUUAAACAAUGCUAUUGUUUUGGAUAUCUUUUGCAUUCUUACUGUUAGAACAUAGAUUUCAAACUCUUGCAUAUUUAAAAAUAAAAAUUUGCUGCUCAGUCACAUUUCAUAGCUCUUCUGUAGGUUCAACUUCCCUCUAAAAUGGAAAUUUGCCCCAGAGUACUGCUUGAAAUCUGUGUUCAAAGUUAUAUCACAAACUGGUACUCCUAAAUACAACUGUUAGUUUCCUUCAAAAGAAGCUUAAGGAAAAAUGCAUAGCACUUGAAAUGACCCCGGUGGCAAUGCCUGCAUUUCUAGCUUUAGUUCAGAUUGUGCCUUGUGAGGCCUUGAGGUCCUUUUAAGAUGUAGACCAAGGACAUCACUCUGUUCACGCAUAGUACUUAAUCUAGGACUUUGGCCUUCAAUAAGUGGAUCUUUCACAAUGUUGCUUAUACUUCCUUCACAGGACUAGCAAGGAUUUUGUCUUACGUUUCCCAUUAUUUUAUAUAUGAUUUUUUUUAAAAGUGACUGCCCUCUUAAGACCCUAGCUUUAAGGAGAAAGGAACUUGUUCAGCUGCAGUUGCUGAGCUUGAUUGGAUAGAAAUCCACAUUUGAGAUUCUUCCAUCCAUGCAUACUCUUUGAAUACCUGUCCUUCAGCUAAUAAUACAAACAAGUUCUGACUUGGCUUAGUUCUGGUAACCUUGGCUUACUGCUUGUGAUUUGUUUUGGGGAGACUCAGGAAGCCAAGACUGGUUCCCAUGUAACACUAAGCCAAACAGAGUAAAGGUAGAAAAUUCUUCAGUAUGCUCCAACAAACUGUUUGUGGUAAGUCAUGGUUUACUGUGAUAUGCAAAUUAGCCCAGAGACUUCAGAUGCAUGCUUCAAUAAGUUUUCUUUCUUUAAAAAGGCUUUGCAAUUCAGGGCGGAAGAAAAUCUUGAAAUUUGUUAUCUAUUUUAUGGUUCAAGUAUUGGAAUACAAGUCCACCACCAUACAAUGUGGACCUUUCCCCCAUCUUUUUUUUAAAGAGGGGCAUAGCCGGGCAAGGUUAUUGCAUAUAAUGUGAUGUUGUUGUUAACCACAUAAAUACAUGCAAUACAGGAGGUAUUGUAUCUGAUAGAGAAUAAACACAAUUUGUGUUUUCCCCUGAAUGCAUCAUUUGGUCAAGAGGAGGAAGAAUGUGCAGCUUCGUUUUCAUUUUCUGAAGCACAGUCCUCGUAAAGAAACUAGAAUUGUCUUUGUUUCAGCUGUCUUUUUCUCUCUUUAGGCUUAAGAAAAUCAACAAAAAAGCGCAGUGAAUCACCACCUGCGGAGCUCCCCAGUUUAAGGCGGAGCACACGGCAAAAGACCACGGGCUCCUGUGCUAGUACCAGGUAUUUUCGAACUUUAAAAAUUACAUGUAUGUUAAGGUUGUGAAGAUGAAUUUGUGUUUGAGGGAAUCUCCCCGAAGAGUUUAGAAAGCACAUUCUUAUUGACAACCUAUAUUUGUGUCGUGGUGGCUACAGGAUAAUAUGCAAUAAACCACCCAAGAGACAGGAUAAUUUAAUACAGGGGCCCAAUUUCUCAGCGCUGAAAUGGACACUACAAAAUAACCUAACUUGUUACAAGAGAAGUACGGCCCAAUUCAGAUAAUCUAAUUACAGUGCUGUUAACUAGCCUGGUGUGAGGUCUUGAAGAUGUGUUAUUACUCACCAGCUGUUUUGAACAAUACAGAAAUUCUGUUUUUCAAUAGAAAUUAGGAAAAUAGAAGGAAAUUUCUUUGUAGGCAUAUCUGAACAAGUAGUUAUUGAAGUCAGCGAAGCAUGGAUGUGAUAAUGUUGAUAAUGCAUCUCUUUUUCUCAACAUGCCUCUCAUCUGCUUCAUCUGCAGAUGUGACUGUUUGAACUUCCCUUUUAAAAACUUUUUGCAUAUAGUUUAACUGUUCUGUUAUGACUCCAUGUCUGCAUGGUUUAAUUUUGAGUGCUGAUAGCACCAGCACUGUAGACCACAUAGCGUAAUCUCGAUGGCUUCUGAUGAUAAUUCUGUUUUCAGUCGGCGAGGCUCUGGCCUGGGCAAAAGAGGAGCAGCUGAAGCUCGCCGACAGGAGAAAAUGGCUGAUCCUGAUAACAACCAGGAUGGCGUUAAUUCUUCAGCUGCACGAGCUGAUGAGGCUCCACAAGGAGCAGCAGGUAUGGCUAACUAGUGUCACUCAACACUGGCACAGAAAAAGCAGUUAUUGUCCAUAAAUUGUUUGUAUUUGCUCUGCCUAGAAAUGUCCAUACUAGUACACUUAAGUAGCUGAGGUUACAUGCUUUAUUCAGUGCUCGUUUUGACCAGAUUUAAAAAAGGAGAAAAUGCUCAAAGGGUCUUUGGACUUGAGUUACUUGAAAUGUUUCCGCUUUGUGAUCUGUUAUACUCCAUUUGAGACUUUGGAAGACAGUUUAUAAUAUAGCAUAGAGGCUUGUUCAAAGAGGACCCAUUUAGCAUUCCCAAACCAUGUACCUAAAGUAGUUCUUUAGCUUCAAAGCAUAUUCUGCCAACAGUUUCCUCUUAAGAACCUCUGGAUGGGACUGCUAUUUCUAUUUAUCUUGCACCAGCUACACUUAGUGAUACCUAUGUUUCUAUUCAAGUCAGUUGAAGAUAAAUUUAGAUCUCACCUUCUAAAAAUAUGUAGUCUCUUACUGAGGUUUCAAGUUUGGCUGAGAUUCUUGUUAAAACAAGGAAUCCUAGCUAGUAUUAACUGUGGUUUAAUGUUGAUGUUUUCCUUUAAAUAUAUUUGUCAAGGGACAGUGAGGGCAGGGUGUAUGUAUGUGACUCCUGAUACCUCUCCUGUGGUUAAAAAGGAGUGAGCCUUCAUUUGCCUUGGCUCCUGUCCAAUAUACCAUGUGCUUAAUAGGAUCAUAGAUCUACUGACUUCAUUUUGGUAAGAAGUGUUGCUGAAUAUAAGUAAAGCCAUUUUCUCACUGGCUGUUUUUGCAUGUUUUAAUUUGCUUAGUUUUGUUUAUACUUCUAUUAACAGGUAAUAGAAGCAUCUUAACACCCUUCACUUCUCAUUGUUAUGGGCAGACAUAUGCACUCUUUCUAGGGAGUAAAUCCCCCUGAAAUCUAUGGAAUUUAGUUCUGAGUAAACAUGCAUAGAUUUUUGUUGUUAGCAACUUACCUUGCAAGCAAGCAAACUAAUAGUACCCUGAACAAACGUUUGUCUGUUCCACAAGUCUGUGGGAAGUGUUUCCUCUGCCUCUUUAACCUCUGUGGUUUUGUGAAAGCUACAAAGCUGCUACACUAGUUUAAUCCUACAAACUGUAUUAGUGCAUAUCUGCUUGGCAGCCUUGUUGCAGGGUGCAAAGCACACCAAGUUCUGAUUAUAGCUCAUAAUUCUGAAUAUUCCUGUCAGUUUUCUGUUUAAGCAAAUAUGUUUGAACUGUUAUUGUUUUAUAUGGUAUAAUGCCAUUGCCCUCUGUUUUAAAUUGCUUAUUUACUAAAGAAAAAGAAGCCCCAAAGUUUCAACCAUAUUGCAUGGCUGAAAGUUUAAACUGACCUUGUGUGUUCAAGUGCAGUCAUUCCAUACUAUGUGGGUCAAGACUAAAAAUAAACCUGCUUUUUUUGUAUGCCCAUUCCUAUUCCUACUGGAGUCAUUAAAGGUUUUCUUUGACUACUUUGGAAGGAGGAUUUCAGGAAGAGUUAACAAGUAUGUAUACUGUGUGACUUAUUAAUAUAGUGCCACUAAUUUUUUUCCCUCCUGUAGCUUCUAGUUCUGUUGCUGGGGCUGUGGGCAUGACUACCUCUGGUGAAAGUGAAUCGGAUGAUUCUGAGAUGGGGAGAUUGCAAGGUACAAACUAAGAGGCUUAUGUUACACUCAUGACUACAGUAAAUAAAUAUUAACACAGCUUUUAGAUUUGUUCUAAAAUGUUAAGGAUUUUUAAUGCUGCACUUUUAUAUUCUUUGGGAAGGAAAUGUAGAUCAGUCAGCAUUAAUUUCCCAGGACUUGUAUGUCUUUUUUCACUCCUUCUACUCCAGUUUCUACUCUGAUUAUUGAUGGCAUAUCACUUAAGUGAAAUCUUCAUGGUUAAAAUAAAAAAAAAUAAAACUUUUGAGGUGAGAAGGUUGGAAAUGGCAUUGGGUGAUAUCCAGCUAAAUUGUUCUUUUGAGUAGACAGAAUUAAGUUAGAAUAGAUUGAUGGAAAUAAAUGUACAUAGAUUACAGUGGGUCUGCUUAUCACUGGAUAUUGCCCAUUCUGAUUUCUGGAACUGCAUUUGCCGUCAUACACUGUAAAGUCAAAGUUUCAUUAUUGGAAGGAAAAGCUUUUAUGGUGAUUAGAAACUGUUUUAUCUUUUUGUUUGUUCUAGCGCUGCAUCCUCUAAAGACUGGCUUCGUUACCUUCUAGGUGGUAGUUGGCAGUCCUUGCUCUUAAUUUUUUUUCUUUUUAGAAGAGCAAAGAGGAUUCAACUGCUUAUUGUCCUUAAUAGAAACCUUUAGCUGUCUUAAGUAGUACCAUUAGUAGGUAUUAGAACUUUCAUUUUCAAUCAGAAUAAAUAGGUUAUCUAAGUUUUCGUUGUUUUAAGUAGGUGUUCAAGUGGGGUGUAUGCUAGUAAUUAUUUUAAACUCGUACUGCUUUCAAGGCUUGGGGCCCUUGACUAGGUAAAUGCAUGUAAAAUAUUGCUUCUAAGUUAGCAGUUCUAGCUCAGCCCAUAUUAAAAUUCUUCACUGCACUCAGAUCUUGAUUAGAAUUGGCUCACUAUUGUUAUGGUGUAGGGUUUAAUCAUCCUAAUAAUCUGUGCUACAACACUGAAAGUCUGUGAUGUGAAUUAUAAAUUACGGUGCUGUGCAUGAGUUUCAAAUAAGUUAUAUGUAUAUUUUUGUCUCUAGCUCUGUUGGAAGCUAGAGGUCUUCCUCCACAUCUGUUUGGUCCUCUUGGUCCUCGAAUGUCGCAACUUUUUCAUCGGACAAUUGGAAGUGGAGCUAGUAAGUAAGCUGCUUCAUCCAGGAAGUUUCUGGAAUUACUACUCUUGGGAAGUUUGUCCCUCCUCAGCCUUAUAGCUUCUUGAAGGACUACUUCUAAGACUAAAUUCUCAGAAUACUUAGAUCUUGUACUGUAACUUUUAUUAACAAGUAAAAAAACAAAAACAUCCUAUUAACUGGCUUUUGUCAAACCUCCACAUUUGUGGAUUUCUUCAUAAUCACUUGAAUUAUAUUUAUUGCAGCCGAAAGGAAACAUAUUUAAAGCAACCUGUUUAAACAACUACUUCUUUCUAGACUUGAAUCACAGGGUUUGGAUGAUCCUUUCUCUGUCUCUUAAGCCAAGUUAAAUCUGGGGUUUUUGUCUACAUGCACAGCACUUUCACCAUGAUUCAACCAUUAAACCUUUUCCAGCUUCACAAUGUGACUUAGGAUUUUGACUUGUUCCAUAUGUGGUGGGCAUCAUUUUAUGAUUUGGACAAAGGGGGAAACUUUAGUGCAGUAAAAACAAGAUUGACCUUUAACAUUCCUGCCAAAUAAUGUUUUAUCAUCCCAAGUAGUUGGAUUGAAAAGUAAUAACCACUGCUUACGAGGGGUCCAAAGGACACACACCCUGCCCCAUCUCCAAAUUAGCUUUUGGGUAACGUUUUGGCUGCUACUGGCAUGGGGGCACCAUGCUUGACCGUGUCUUGUGCUCAAACUAAGCACUGAGAUGGACACAACGCUGUAAUGUCAUUGUAUGAUUUAGAGUGGCUGAAAACCUAUUAGGACACACAGACACACACACACCUGAUACUUUGUUCAUUCUGCAUACAUUGGCUAUGGUUGGCAUGGGAUGGUGUAUUGCACAUGAUUAUUUCUCUGGAUUGGAUGCCAGUUCUGUGCCAUCUUACAUGGAAGCUUGUCUUUGAUUGUACAAGCCUUUUUUUAGGUAUAUGAUUUGUGGUGGCUCAGAGCUUGGGGUGUACACCCCCAGUUCUUCAUUUCUAAACACUUUGGCUAUUAUUGGAAUUGGAGUGCCACGCUUGACUCUUGUGCCAGAAAGAAUCAUUGGGAUGUACCUAAUUCAGUACUGUCUUCUAGCAAACACUUCUCCUGGAGUUGUGGGUGGGUGAUUGGAGACAUGGGAGCACAUUCCCAAUUUCACUGGCUGUUGUUGACUAAGGGGUGCCAUGUUUGACAGUGUCCAAGAGUCACUUCCUGUUUGGUUGGACCAUGGCCCCUUCUAAGGAAUCUGAACCACAUGGACCCACAGGGAGGGCCUGCAAUGCUAGGAACAGUUGUCCCCAUCUGUCCUGUAGUAAGGUCAGCCUGACAGCUGGGAAUGAAAAGUACCCAUCUUCAACCUUUAGUAUGUUGUUUUUUAAUGCUUAUCUGGUUGUUCUCUCAAAUAAUUGCUUUUGCAGGAAUCCUAAAGUUUAAAUGUGUUUUUCACUAUUUUUAUUGUACUUGAUGGUUAAUUAGAGGCUUUCUGGUUUAAAAGUGGUUCACAGUGCAGUGGUUCACAGUUAAAUCCCCAUUUAAUAAACCAACAUUGUCCAAACACAGCCUCUGCAUAGGUAAUCAAAUAUUUCUACAGUGAUUCAGUCCAUUGACCAAGGUGGUUUACAUUUUCUAAGCUUUCCUAAAUUAGGAAGAUGUAUCUACUUACCUUGCUGUUAGAAGUUUCAUCAGUAGCUCUGUAUUUUAAGUAAAUGAUGCAUAUGUUAACAGAAGCACUAGCCUAUGACAUAUCCAGACUUAGAUGUACGCCCAGUCUAUUGACACUGUGAAACUUUGACUGGUGAGAUGCAGUUCAGAAACACAUUGUUCUCUAAUCUCUCAUGAUUGAUUAAAACUGCAUAUUUUGACUAAAGGUUUUUUGUUGUUGGUACUUCACUGUGGAGGGUGUACCAUGAAGAAGAAAAGUUUUUGAAUGUUUAAAACAGAAUUGGGAUCCUCUCAAAGUUUUGCCAGUGUAAUUAUUCCAGUAUAAUGACACAACAGUACAGCAUAACAGCCUAAUUCUCUACAGUUAGGCAAUUCUGUACAGUUGGCAUAGGAAGACAAUAUACAAUUCAGCUUAAUGUCCUCCGGGGAGGCAUCUGUCAUUUGGCAUCAGUUCAUCACUAGAAAGCCUGAAGUACAGAAAGCUACAAGUGCAGUAUUAGCAGGAGUGAGAAGAGGCUUAACUGUGUGUGUCUCAAUUGCAGGUGAAUUUGGAACUUAAUUUUGAAUAGUGAUUCAGAACUAUGUGCCCAUAGAUCUACCAGGGUUUGAUCAGGUUGAGAACUCUGCUAGCUAAAAAAAUGAUCUUAAAUUGUCUUUCUAUUUCUGUUCCUAUCUUAUCAGGAUGGAUUCAGUUUGCACUAUCUCUUGAAUAUUAUAGUGCAUUUCGGUAGCUUAAAGCACAUACUGUUGGUUUAUUUGGUAGCUUUAAUCUAAUAACAUUUAAAUAUCAACAAAGAUGCAUAUAAAUGCAGCAUUACUGACUUCCUGCUUUCAUAUUUAUGAUAGGCAGCUAAUGAAAAUGCCCUGUCUCUCCUAAUGAACUAUGAUAAUAUAUUGUGGAAGUGGAAGAUUUAAGCUUUCAAAAUCCCCAAUUUUUCUAGGUUCUAAAGCUCAGCAACUUCUACAGGGGCUCCAGGCUACUGAUGAAAGCCAGCAAUUACAGUCUGUGAUUGAAAUGUGUCAGUUGUUGGUCAUGGGGAAUGAAGAAACUUUGGGAGGAUUUCCAGUCAAGAGUGUUGUGCCAGCUCUGGUAAGGACCAGUCUUCACUCAUUCAUUUGAACAUGUAAUGUAUUAUCCACUGUGUUUUCAUGAAGAAGUAAAUGCUUCAAUAACUGCAUUCUCUCUAAAUGUUUUAGAGCAGUAUGUUUCACCAAUGGCCUUGGCAAAAAGUGACAUUUUUAAAGAAACAGCAAAUUACUGAUUGUGUUUCAGACAACUAGGGAAUAAAUGUGCAUCUUGUCUAGCCAUUCUGAGAUCCAGUGUAGGGGGUAGGGGUUUGUAUUUGAACUGGAUAGACAUGGGUUCAAAUUUUUGCUCAGGCAUGAAGCUGUGUGGGUGGUCUUGAGCAAGUCUCUCUCAGCCUAACCUAUCUCAUAAGGCAGGCAUAGGCAAACUCCAGCCCUCCAGAUGUUUGGGACUACAUUUCCAAGCAUCCCUGCCCACUGGUCCUGUUAGCUAGGAAUGAUGGGAAUUGUAGAUUCAGCACACUUAUAAAUUACUAGAAUUUAGAGAAAUUGUUCUUGCAAGCUGACUCAUCCUUUCGUAUUGUUUGCAGAUAACAUUGCUGCAGAUGGAGCACAAUUUUGACAUUGUAAGUAUUUCAUGCACACUUUGUUAAAUGCAGCUUCAGGUAAAUCUCAAAGCAGGCUUUGCUAGUUUGCACAUUCUAGAUAGCAUUGUUAGAUCAAUGGCUGCUGGUCAUGGUGGCUAUAUGCUAGGUCCAGUACAAGAGGCAGAAUGUCUCGUGAUAACCACUUCCUAGGGAAGACCUAUUACUUUUUAUGCUCUACUUUUGUAGGCUUCUUACACGCAUCUGGUUGGUCAUGGUGGGAAACAAAAUUCUAGACUAGAUAGGCUUUGAACUGCUCUAGCAGGGCUCUUAUGUUCUUAUAUCUUUUAAUAGAUGAAUCAUGCUUGUCGAGCCUUAACCUAUAUGAUGGAAGCACUUCCCAGAUCAUCUGCUGUUGUAGUAGAUGCAAUUCCUGUUUUUUUGGAAAAGGUAAUACUGUUAACUAACUUUAUGAACUUAACAUUUGUUGUAACAUAAUGUCUUAUGAAGCAGUACAAAGAGUAAUUUUUCUCAACCUGGUAUAAAGUUUUAAGAUGGACUCCAACACCUGAAAAAAAGAGAGGAUUUACUUGUUUCUUUUAGCUGCUUUUAGUUCCCUAACAUUUCUAGCCGUCUGAUUGUAUUUAUGAACAAAUAUGAUAGCAGGUAUGUAUAUAUGUUAUACGUGAGUGAUGUAUGACCUUCAGAUAUUGUUCCUGGAAUCUAGUGCCAGUUCUAAUACCAUUCUAGAGAUGAGAGGCCUAGCUUUGUAUUGUUUAUGCAUGUUCUGGGGCCAGUAAAUCCUAUUGGCAGCACUGGUGUCUCCUGUCCCUGGGGUCUCAAAAGUCCAUGAUUAUGGGACUUGUUCUCUCCCUUGCCCCUGUUGCUGGUUGGCUGCCACACCCUGCUGGCAGCUCUUGCCUUUGCAUAAAAUUUGCCAGUAGAAACUAAAAGAACUGGGAUUUGUAGUUCUUGACAGAGCAUGUAAUGUAGCGUGGUACAUUGUCACUUAAAACAAAGUCCUCUCUCUCUCUCUCUCUCUCUCUCACUCUCUCUCUCUCUCACACACACACACACUCUUCUACGGGGCCUUGGGCCAGAAGCACCUCACUGUUUAGGACGUUGCUUCUGUUCAUGUUUCUGGUUGGCUCUAGCAAUAUCUGGACACUGUAUAGAGAACAUAGGUUUCUUCUUGGUAACAGGCUUGCAAGCCUGGACUAACGGGCCUGGAUAAAGUGUUUGCUUCUGUCCUACCCACAGCCCUGUAAGCUGAAUACAUCAAAGCCAGAAGUUAUGGCUGAGUUUACAGAACAUUCAUUUGAGUAGUCAAAUGUAUUUGGCAAAGUGUAAACUUAAAGACUCUGCCAGUUCCAGUAAUCCUGAAUUUUCUGUUCAGUCUGUUCUGGAGGAUUCAAGAACACUGUAAAUUUCAGUGCUGUGGUUGAGUUAAAUCAGAUAUAAUAAUAAUAUAAAAAAUUAAAUAAUGAUAGGUAGUAGUAGUAUGGGGUAAAAUGUUACAAUUUGGAAAUGGUUUGUAUAAUACUGUACACAAAUACUGGACAAUCCCAUUUUCUUUCCAUGUGAUUAAGUAAGGAAUCAGAAUGAAGCACACCAAUGUUGUAUAAAAUAAAUAUAUAUCUAUAGUAUAGGGUACAUAACAAGAGCAAUUUAAUUACUGUUACAUAAUGCUUAAGCUUUUGAGUGAAUAUAAAGUUUUAUUAUAAAGUGUGCAUGUUUAAAGGUAAUGGAAACUAUUAAAGUAUGGUUCAAAAUUUGAGCAUUGGGAAAUGAUUGACAGCAUAGAUCAAUUUCUAAUCUUGUUUCAUAUCAUUUUAAAAACUAAAUAAAUUGCUUUUAUUUGUUCUAGCUGCAAGUUAUUCAGUGUAUUGAUGUGGCAGAGCAGGCACUCACUGCCUUGGAGAUGUUAUCACGCAGACAUAGUAAAGCUAUUCUGCAGGCAGUAAGUAUUUCUUCUGAUUAAAAAAAAAGGUGCUAUUUUUAAUCUUGAUUGUUACCAGAGUUUUAAAGAGCACUUGCUCCAAGAAACUUCUGUAUCUCUCCUGAUGAUCUAAAGUCCUCUCUUUGCUUGAACUGGUUUUGUGUGUUUUGUAUUAUAGGGAGGCUUAGCAGACUGUCUGCUGUAUCUGGAAUUUUUCAGCAUAAAUGCCCAGAGGAAUGCACUAGCUAUUGCUGCCAACUGCUGCCAGAGCAUCACUCCUGAUGAGUUUCACUUUGUUGCAGAUUCUCUGCCAUUGCUUACACAAAGACUAACCCACCAGGUCAGAAACUGUCUGGGUCAGCUAUCUUCUAAUUGUUCUGAUAUGUGAAUCUUAGAUUGAUCUACAUGUGCUGUGGAGAAAUUUCACCGGACCUUAAUGGUAGUACAGCCCCCUAAAGGAGAUAAUUUUGGCUAUGGAAAUAUAUUGAUAUUAAGAAGUUUGUCCCAGUUCUUGGGUUGUGAUUCUUGGUUGUGUAUUAGCUUGACUAGGUCCUUUUUUAUGCUUUCUCAGUUAACUCUGCCGAACACUGUAAUAGGACAAUUCCAGGAUUGCAAUUCUUGAUGUACCUGCAUGCCAAAUCUUGUGUAUUGAAAUGUAAUACUUGUUUUCAAUUUCUUAGGACAAAAAGUCAGUAGAAAGCACUUGCCUCUGUUUUGCACGUCUAGUGGACAACUUCCAACAUGAGGAGGUAGCAUCUAUUUUCUGUCUUAAGCAUAAUGUUGAAAAAAGGUUUUGACCAAAUGAUACUUAAAACCCUCUUUCUUUCCUUUGAAGAAUCUCCUCCAGCAAGUUGCCUCUAAGGAUUUGCUCACAAAUAUUCAGCAGCUCCUAGUAGUGACUCCUCCAAUUCUGAGCUCAGGGAUGUUCAUCAUGGUGGUGCGCAUGUUUUCCCUUAUGUGCUCCAACUGUCCUACACUAGCAGUUCAACUUAUGAAGCAAAGUAAGUGCAUGUGUAGGCUCUUAGUAUUCUGUUUACUAGAUGUUAUAGUGUCUGUAGGACUGGCAAGUGAAAUGAUAGCAAAUAGUUAAAUGCCUGCUGCAGCAGCUUCAUUAACAUAUAGCGCACUCUCCAUUUUUCUCCAAGAAAAUGUCAUUCCACAGGGCAACCAAAGCUGUUUCAUUGCAAAAUCUAGGCAUGAAAGCUGAGUGAGAUGAAUUGAGAACACAAAAUUGAGUAAAGCUUUUCCCUUGAAUAGCAACUGCCACUGGGUAAUUUCUAGUAAUUCUACAAAACUCAAAAGAUAGCAAGCUACUGGAUCUUAAAAAAAUAGAUAAAUAGUGAUAGUGGGAUCCUGCAAUGAGCAGCUUCUGUUCUGCUUGUACAGCAAAUAUUUCUCAGAUUUUCAUUUCAGCUCUAACUUUUUAGUAACAAAACAUGUUUUCAAGUCUGCAACGUGACAACAUACAUUUGUAGUUGAAGGCUUAAACAAGAUAGCUGAACCAGAAUUUCAGAAUUUUGGUUCACAUGUUGUUUCUAAUGAGAAAAAUGUCUCUAUCUUGUCAUUUAGCAAAAAUUACACAUUGCUUUCCAAAUCUGGUUCUUGUGACUAUCCUUGGUGUACUCUUGACACAGUAAACUGAGAUGCAUCACUUAGAAGUGUGUGUGUGUGUGUGUGUGUGUGUGUGUGUGUGUGUUCACCAUAUGAAAAGGGCAAAACAAGCACAUGGAGACAAAGAAGCAUGCUUAGAGAAAUGUGGAGCUCUGGCACAGAUCAGCAGCAGAUGGCGUGGUCAGGAGGUGGCACUUACGACUGCCUAGUAGCAGAGUUGUGGUUGCUUGCGUGGGUGGAGAAUGGGAGGGGCAAAGCAGGAGGGAGGUUGCUGCUGUGUGAACACACUGGUAGAGCUGCUUCUGUUGGUGCAUUGGCACAAUGCCAACCUCCCUCAUGGUAAGCAGCAGUAACUCUCCUGCCCAAAGAUGGGCAGGUGCGCUCGCCUCCCCUCCCCAUCUCAUACUGAUUUAGAUGCAACUCUGUCUUGACAGUAGAUCUGACAGAUUUCACACUGUACAGAACUAUAUUUUCUAUACUAUUUGCAAUCCUAGUUAACAGUGGGGUGGGGAGAGGGAAUGAGCUGUAGGCUCCAAUUACAGCCAAUCAAUUCCUUUGUGCUAAUUAAUGCACUGGUUUCUCUUUCCCUCACCCUAACAAAUGCCUGUAAUGUUCACUAGGGACCCUGGCCUCCUGGUGACCCCCAAAGUCGUUGCUAAGGACCCAAUAUCAGUUUUAUUUUGUGUAAAGUUGCCAGCAUCAACCUAUAGUAUAAAGAGUCAGAAGAUUUUUCCAUUUUUCCCCCAGGGUGAAAUAUACCUCCCCAGGCACACACACUUGAAGGCUUAUGCUUUAGAGAGGAUCAUGUGUGCAGUAUGGUUUUGGGUUGCUUUCAGUUACUGUUACUGUGUACACUUAAUUCUUGCAGUAGAAAUACACACUAAGUGCAUUCUUCUUGGGAUUGCUCCAUUCUGAGAGCAUUCUUUAAUGCUUACUACAGACAUGGCAGAGUAACAUUGUGAUUGAUUGUUUAUGCUUAAAGAUAUUGCAGAAACUCUUCACUUUCUUCUUUGUGGAGCCUCCAAUGGAAGUUGUCAGGAACAAAUUGACCUUGUUCCAAGAAGCCCUCAAGAACUGUACGAGCUUACAUCACUUAUCUGGUAAGGCUCUUUUUUGGGGGGGGUGAGUUUUUCUUUCAGGAAUGAGAUCCCAUUUCAUAAUACACUGGCAUGAAGUCUAGCAUUACACAAAAAUCUGCUGUUAAUUUUGUUUGUUUUUGCUCUUUCCAGUGAAUUGAUGCCUUGCUUACCGAAAGAAGGAAUUUUUGCUGUUGACACCAUGCUAAAGAAAGGAAACGCACAGAACACAGAUGGUGCAAUAUGGCAAUGGCGAGAUGACAGAGGUCUUUGGCAUCCCUAUAACAGAAUUGAUAGCCGGAUAAUUGAGGUAGUAACCCACACACCCCUGUAUAAGAAAAGACAUUGCUUACUGUUCACUCUUGUAAAUGUAUACAUUGGUUAACAAUUAUUAAUCAAAUUUUAGCUAUGAAAUGGAAAUCAUCUCCUCAGGCUAGGUUAAUUUUGAAGCUUAUGUAUAGUCAUUUUCAUGAAAUGGUGGAUAUUUUUGUCUGACAGCUGAAUAUAUCCAUUAAAAUAGUUUCCUUGCUGAUACUGUAUAGUACAGGGUGAAAACUUUGGAAUGUUAAUUUUAAACUUGUAGUCCACAAAAAAUAAAUUUAAGCAAGUGCUUAGGGUAGCUUGCAGUAUGAAAUCAGGACAAUUAAACCAUAAAGCAGGCAAAAAACAAUUUUUAAAACCUUAUUUGUGGCAUGGCCCAUAUAUGAGGCUGUUACCAACGCUUUCAUUUUGUGCCCAUUUUAUCCCUCAGCAGCGGGGAACACGGUAUCUUCAUUUAUGUAAACUCAAAACUCAUACAGAGUUUAAACUUACAUAUUUGUCUUCAGGCAGCUCAUCAGGUUGGUGAAGAUGAAAUAAGUCUGUCUACGCUGGGGCGUGUUUAUACAAUUGACUUUAAUUCUAUGCAGCAGAUCAAUGAGGAUACUGGAACAGCACGUGCCAUUCAGAGAAAACCUAACCCUCUAGCCAAUACCAACACUAGUAAGUACUAUUUUAAAAAUAGUUCCCACAUUUUGCUUUUGUAAUUAAGGCAUGUCUCCUAUAUAAAGUUUGGUGUCGUUCAGAUACCUAUCAUAAGGAACGAGAUCCUAUUUAGGGCCACAUGCUUUCUAAUAUGUAAAGAUGAGAAUUUCCACUCUGCCCCUUUUAGAGUGUGAAAAUUAGGUAAAUGAAUUUAAAUUCAGAUUCUCGUUGAUUUCUCUGCACCUUUCAAUACCAUCAAUAAUGGUAUUCCUUUGAAGUGACUUUGUGGGUUGUUGGUGGGAGGUACUGUUUUGCAGUGGUUCCACUUCUUCCCGCAAACCUGCUACCAGACAGUAGCAAUGGGCAAUUUUUGUUGCACCCUGUGGGAUCUAUACUGUCCCUCCUGCUAUAUGAAGCUGCAGGGAACUGUCACCAGGGGAUUUUGAGGAGGACACCUAGCUUUCUCUCCCCAUAGCAUCUGAAUCAGGAGAGGCUAUGCCAGUGCUGGACUGGUGCUGGAUAAAGGUCAAUAAACUUAAAUUUGAAUGCUAAUAAAAUGGAGCCCACAGUGGGUUGGUGUUCAUGCAUUGGUUUCUACAAGACUGGAUUGACGAAAUGCACUCUUUGUGGGUUUUCCCUUGGGCUUGAUCCAGAAGCUGCAGUUAGCGCAGAAUGCUGCAGCAUGACUGCUGACAGGAGUGAGUCCUUGUCAACAUAUAGCACCUCUGCUCAGAGAUCUGUACUAGCUGUCAAUUUGCUUGCUGGAUCAAGUUCAAGCUGUUACUGUUAUCAUAAUAAAGCCCUUAACAACUUGGGACUGGUUUACUUACGAGAAGGCCUUGCCCUACUGUGCCCACUCAACCAUUUCAGUCUGUGGAAUUGGCACUACUACAGGUGCCAAAUAAUAUCUGUUCUGCAUUUGUAAGAACUUGAUCAUUUGGUGUGGUAGCAUGUGCACUUCAGAACUCCUUGCCUAUUGAGAUCAAAGCAGGCUCCUUCACUGUACUCUUUUCAGUGCCUGCUAAAAACUUCCUUGUUUAGACAAGCCUACCCAGCUGUUUUUAAACAUGGUAGUGAUUUUUUUUCCCUUGGUUGUAUUGUUUCAUCUUUUUGUAAACCACUUUGAGAUUUCUUUACAACUAAGUGCAGUGUAUAAAUUUUAUGAAAUAAAUAAAUAAUACCUCCUGGUACAUUUUUUUUUUUGUAAAUUUUAUGCUAGUAUGUUACCUUGAGGGGUUUAGGCUGGAUAAAAUUAAACAACGUACCAUUCCUUGAUAUUUAAUGGUCAAGUUAUUUUCCUGUAGGUGGACAUCCAGAAUCAAAGAAGGAUGAUGCUCGAGCACAGUUAAUGAAAGAAGACCCAGAACUGGCUAAAUCUUUCAUUAAAACCUUAUUUGGUGUUCUCUAUGAAGUGUACAGUUCUUCAGCUGGACCUGCAGUAAGACACAAGUGCCUUAGAGCAAUUCUUAGGAUAAUUUAUUUUGCUGAUGCUGAACUUCUGAAGGAUGUGCUGAAAAAUCAUGCAGUAUCAAGGUAAUUGUUAUGUACACUUUGAUGCAAAACCUAUUCUGAAUGAUAUUGUGAUGAGUCAGAUUCUUAACCUAGCAGUUCAUUUGACUAAAACAAGAGUCUCAAAAUGCAAACUGUCUCUUAAGAUAUCUGGUUACCACUUGAGGCUUCUGUGUUUAGCUGUGAUUGCCAUUGUGUUCUCUAAGAAAUGAAAGGCACAGCGUUUUUAAUUAAUGAAUAUCCAUUGUUCAUUAACUAUAACUGCUUUCUAAAUUGCGUAUAUGCAAUGGAUGUGUGCGCCUUUUUUUUUUCUUUUUUUUUACGGUGACAAAAUCCCAAAAUGCUCAUUAUAUGGCAAUUGGUCUUCAAAUGAGCUAUUGGCUGAUUUGCUUGUUGACCAAGGAGAAAAAGUAGAUACCAGACAAAAUAAUUUUAAAAAGCUAUUCGUAAACAGAAAACUUAAACCCCAGGAUUGGUUGCACAUCGUGGUUGUCUGUGUGAAAGCAACAAGUCAGGCAUGUUGCCGUGCAGUGCGUGAAAUUGAUCUCACGGUACCAGGAAUAUAACAUUCCUUCCCACUUUCAGCAACCUGCCCAGUACUGAAAAUGUCCUCAUUUGUGAAUGCAAAAUGUAAAUGAAGCUGCUUUCAUCUUGCUGAAUUUUGUUUGUCUUCAUUUUCUCUUGCAGUCAUAUAGCCUCUAUGCUGUCAAGUCAAGACCUUAAGAUAGUAGUUGGAGCCCUUCAAAUGGCAGAAAUCUUAAUGCAAAAGUUACCUGAUAUUUUCAGUGUUUACUUCAGAAGAGAAGGUAAUGGCAGAAGUUAGAUUCAUGUGUAGCUCUUCAUGUGCCUUGUAUUGUUAAAAAUGUGUCUAGGAGCCAACUCCUAGGGGCCAAGGACCCUUUGCCCCUCCCCAAUAAAAUAUUGGAGUGGGAGGCCCCCCCCAAAAAAGUUAAUGAGUGUUGCUUUUCAAAUGGUGUGCGUGUGCAAGGUCUUGUGAUAGAUUAUGCAAGGCGGGGCUUACCCCCCCCCCAAUUUCAUUCAAGUUGGCACCCCUGGUCAUGUGUUUUGAACAAGCAAACCGCAUUGAAAUAUAUGUCUUUGUCACUGAAGGUUAUCUUUCUUUUUUAAAAAGGUGUAAUGCACCAGGUGAAAAAUCUUGCAGAAUCGGAGGCUUUGCUGACAAGUCCCCCCAAAGCAUGCACUAAUGGCUCAGGAACGCUGGGUGCUACUACAACAAUAAGCACUGGAACAGCCACUGCUGCUAGCAAUGCAGCCGCAGACUUAGGCUCUCCAAGCUUACAGCACAGCAGGGAAGACUCUCUGGACCUGAGUCCACAGGGGUGAGUGUGUUUGACUUGGUCUGUGAACAAAACGCUACUAAUGGCAUUGCUGAGAAAUAGGUGGAGGUCCCACAUUAGAAUGCUUUCUUUGACAGACAUAUUAAAAUAAUUUGAGCUGUCUGCUAAAUUGGAAGAAAAAUGCUAACAUACCAGUUUAUUAGUUGAGAUUAUUAUAAUUUAAAAUCCAGGUUGGUUCAAAUAUAUUACAGUUUGGUUCAAAUGUAAUGUAUCAGGCCUGGUGUAUGUAUGACAUGUGCAUUUUUAAACAUUUGACAGCCGAUUAAGUGAUGUUCUGAAGAGAAAAAGAUUGCCAAAACGUGGGCCCCGGCGGCCAAAGUAUUCACCUCCCAGAGAUGAUGACAAAGUAGACAAUCAAGGUAAGCUUCUGUUGAAAUUGCAUAACUGGUAUAGUAAAUCAAAUAUGGUGGCUACUUAAGAAGCAGUGCUGUACAGUCCUCAGAAAAGAAAGUUUUCUAGUUCUGAAUAUGCCCUAAAUGCCUAGAUGUUGGCAGACCUGUAAAAUAAAUAUUUCCAAAUCAAAGCAGUGACGUUGCAUUUUGAGCAACUGAAUGAACUGAUAUAUUUUUGACCGGAAACUUAUUGUUUUGGCACAAAUGUGUGAAGUGGCUUUGAUUAGAUUAUUAGAUUAUGCAAAUGGAAGUAAAUUUUUGUUGUUUCUGGAAAUCAAAGUUUUCAUUAAAUGCAGAAGAAACUAUCUGCUCCAUACAAAGCUUAAAGUGCAGGCUGCUGCUGAUUCCCACCCCCUAGCAACCCCCCCCCCUUUAUAGGUAGGUGAUGAUACCUCCUGGCUGUCACUGAAGUUCAGUUUACUUGAUUUUACUUGCUUCCUUUGGCUGUGUCUUUGUGUGUAAUGUUCUUUUUCUGCUUCUGCUGUGACCAUUCUUUCUGUAAAAAGAAAGGUGUAGAGUAUUAAGCUUUUUUAAAAUGAGAUGAAUCCAUCGUACACAGUGCUGGUGAGCUUUUAGUAGUGUGUGGACACAUGAUAAAAUAGAUGCACAUAGCAGCUUUAGAAUUGAUGUAUGUUUGUGUACACAUUUGAACUGUAAACAUUUAAGUGUCUUUAAAUCACUUUGAAGAUGCACCUGAUAAUAUUUUAUUCCACAAUUGGGAGCUGUAAUUGCUUAUCUCAUAGCUUUGCUUAGGAGGAAAACAUGACAUGCAUUAAAAGGGAGCAGAACUCUGAAUAUUGGUAACUUUUAAUGCCAAUUGGUAAAGCUUAAGACUUUUUAAAGCUUAAACUUGAAACUUUCUCUCCCAUUCUCUUUUUCCAAAAGCUAAAAGCCCUACAGCUACUCAAUCUCCUAAAUCUUCCUUCUUGGCAAGUUUGAAUCCUAAAACCUGGGGAAGAUUAAGCACACAGUCCAAUAGCAACAACAUUGAACCAGCACGUACAGCAGGUGUGAGUGGUCUGGCAAGAGCUGCCUCAAAGGACACAAUAUCCAACAACAGGUAUAAUCAUACUUCACUACACAAAACUCCAUUCAGUGAAGCCUAUAGUGGCCCAGUUCACAUGCCAUGGUAAACCAGAGUUAAUGGUUUACUAUGAACAUUGAUCUUGGUCACAUUCUCCUGCAGAACAGGCCAUGAUUCCUGGCUUAGCAUUGUGUUCAAACCAAUGUUUGUUUUUAAUCAAACUGCAAUCUUGUAACCAAGGUUUGUUCUUGGCAACAGAUCAAACACCCACAGUAAGCCCAGGCACCAUGACCUGUUUCUCCAGCUUGCUGGUGGGGAGGACCAAGGUGAUCCAGAUCAGCAUGUUCACAGUAAACUGUUAACUAUAGUUUACUAUGACAUGCAAAAAAAGUUUACUAUAGAUUACCUGUGUUGUCUGUGGCAGCUUAGUCUUGGUUUUAAUAGAAAUUUUGGUAGGAGAGGAUGAUGAAGAACUUCAAGCUGGGACAGAAUGUGCCAAAAUGAAGUUUACAGAAUGGGGAGUAAAAGUAUAUGUAUGGAAGGCAGAGGAUAAAUUCUUAAAAUCAUAGGACAAGCAGAGUAGAGGGAGAUGAGUUUGCAGGGACAAUGAAGUUAUACUCAUGAGCGAUCUGGAUAAAGUAACUGUCUAUAUUUAACAAACCUGGACUAAAGUGCAAUGGGAGUUCUUUUUGGUGGGAAGAAAAUUCUUGGCCUUGCAGCUUUUCCUACCUCCGAGACUUCUUUGCACCAUGAAAAUGUACUCAAAUUGUGCAGGGCAGUUGUGCUUAGUAUGCCAUUGUUAAGUGUUCAAUAUAUUAAACUGUACAUUUCUUGUAGAGAGAAAAUUAAGGGUUGGAUUAAAGAGCAAGCCCACAAAUUUGUGGAGCGUUAUUUUAGCUCUGAGAACAUGGAUGGAAGCAACCCUGCACUAAAUGUGUUACAGAGACUUUGCACUGCAACUGAACAACUCAACCUUCAGGUUAGAAUAUCUUUUUAAUCUAUAUUGGAAUGAGAGGACAAACUUUUCACAGGAAGAACAGAUAGUUUAAUACUACUUAGAAUGUACACAUGGAUAAGUCCCAAGCCUUUUCUGCCUUUAUUUAUUAAAAUAGCGAGGUCAUCGGUGCUUAUUGCAUCCAGCUUCUAAGCUUCAGAAGUUGUCUGUUUAAAAGCCAUUGGUGUCACUAACUUUUCCAUUUUGCAGUUCUUCUGUGUUGGAGGGUAUAUUGGUAUGUUGUCACUGCCAAUUUAUGUAUGUCCAGUGCCUUAUGAUACAAUAAGAACCACUACAUUUUUGUUACAAAAACAAUUUCAUAACUGAAGUAAGCCAGUAAUCUUCAAAUAGUGCUCCCUGAGCAUUGUAACUAUAUGAAUAUUGGGACACAAUCCUUAGAGUGGGUGAUGGAUGCAGUUUUACACAGAGGAUUCAAUAGAUGUUUAUGUAACUUGGUGGGGAGGGGAGAGGGUAUAAUAGAUUUGGACAUCUAAUAUGGUGGAUUGCAACUCCCAUUAUCCUGUAUAGCCACGCUGUCUGGGGCUGAUGGGAGUUGGGCAACAUCUGAAGGACACCACUUUAGCUACCCCGUGGUAAAUUCCUGGCGGUGAUCUAGUAUGCCGCCAUGUGCUUGUGUAGAUGGUCAGUGAACAGGGGACUCUUAAAAGUGUGCCCAGCUCUGCUUUUAGGAUGGAUGAUGUCCUAAAUCUUAAAAGAUUGCUGGAAUUUUAAAAGGUGAUGAACGCGCAGCCAGCAAGUUGUACAAUACGGUCAAGCAGUGUGCUAGUGCACGCAGCUUGCGCUCUCUUCAGGUAUAGCAGGUACAACAAAUGAAGAAGGAAUAGUUCAGCGUGAUGUCCAAAUGCGGAAUUCUAGCUGGUUGGUUUGACUUCCAAACAAGCCAUGAUUUGUUGUCCAACAACUUUAGGAGCAACAGACCAGAAUCCUGCAUUUAGACAUUAUGCUAAGCUAUCACAACCUGAUUUUUGUUCUGCCUGCUUAUGUGAAGAGAAGCGGAGUGGGUUUCAUGCAGUAGCUCACUGCUUGAUCAUAUCAUAGUUCAAGUUAUUUGGGAUUCCUGGCUUACCGUUAUGUGCAGAGUCAGCAUUUCACUGUUUUAAAAGGCCCUCCUUACAUAAUUUUCUCACACAGCUACAUAGUCAGUGUUCCUGCAUGGUGGUGUUGGCAUACAACUAGUAUUUUCAAACAUCAGCUAGUUUUAAAAGUUCUUUGGCGCUCAUUUAGUGAUGAUCAUAUCCUGUUUGGUAAGCAGAUAUCAAGCCACAGUUUCGUGAUUUAGAUGUUUUGGGGAAAUCGUGACAUAAACCAUGAGAGAGAUGCUGAAGCUGGCACACGAAGGGGCAGGGGAACAUGUGGGCACAUUUAUUCUUAGCUCAGUAAACAUUGAACCAACUUGUAGAAAAUAUUUCUGAAUAGGCUUUCCAUUCAAGCGAGGGGAAAACAUCCUGGAUGACAUUACUUAGGCACCUAGUUUCAGUGUAAUGUGCUGAAUAGUUACGUUUUCAUAAGGCCGCUACAUAUGUGCUGCCUUCUAGUGGUGUAUUGGCAUGAACUUUUCUGCACAUGCUCAUUUAAGUUGUGUAAAGUAAGUAAGGCAGUGCAGAGUAUGUGUAAAAAAAAUCUGAGAUAUGUAUUCCUCUGGAUUUGAGUUUUUAUUUUUAAAUAUGCUGGUUCUUGUUCCAUUUGUGGAAUAGUUCCUGGACUACUAAGCCUCAUUCUCAUACAGAGACUGUUUAUUUCAGGUGGAUGGUGGAGUUGAGUGCCUUGUAGAAAUCCGUAGUAUAGUCUCUGAGUCUGAUGUAUCUUCAUUUGAGAUCCAGCAUAGUGGGUUUAUGAAACAGCUGCUGCUUUACUUGACGUCUAAGAGUGAAAAAGAUGCUGUAAGCAGGGAUGUGAGAUUGAAAAGGUUCCUUCAUGUGUUUUUCUCUUCUCCAGUAAGUACUUACAGCUCCAGUAUUAAAGGGGUCGCUUCAUUCUUCUGUUCAUUUUUUACUCUUUCAAGAAUCUAGGGGAGGUGGUAUUAAAAGACAUAACUGACUGGUAGCCAUAUAUGGCUUUCCUCUUUCCCCAGAGAGAACUUGAUAGGCAAAUGACUAAAACAUGCUUUGAAGAUAACAUUUUAUCUCACACACAAAAAUUGUGUUUUUAUGUACUUUUUUUUUUCUUAGUUGGGUUAAACUGUAGUUUUGGAUAAACAGGCGCAUUUUGUUUUGUGGAAGUCAAAUGCUUGCCUAUGUUCCUGGUGAAAUAUAAUCAUUGGGUUUGGGUUGCCCAUAGCAUGUGGAAUAUAAGCUCGCAUUUGCCUGUAGCCUGCCUGCUUUGUCAGUAUUUGGUCAUAGAGUUACUCAGUGACCACUUGGCAAAAACUAUUUCAAAAAUUAAAUAAUUAAGCAAAACUUUAAUUUCAGCUUCCUGGAGAAGACCCCCUUGGAAGAUUAGAGCCAUUAGAAAAUGCACCUUUGUUGGCUUUGGUCCACAAAAUGAACAACUGUCUUAGUCAGAUGGAGCAAUUUCCAGUUAAAGUCCAUGACUUUCCAAGCGGAAAUGGAACAGGGAGCAGGUAAGGAUUAAUUCUCAGGUAAACGUGUCGCAUUUCCAGAAUGUUCCUGGAAUCAUGAAUUCUGCAUGGCUAAGUGGCCCAUUGUGUUGUGUUUGCUGUCCAUUUUACCAUUUAUGGUCAUAGCAGUUCAAAAACCUGUAGAAAAAACAGUGCUUUGCUUCUUAUGAUAGUGCUAAAUUCACAAUAAUGAGUAGGUAUUUUCAAACUCCUAAAAACCAUAUUUACAGCUUCAACAUCAUUAGCAUAAGCAUCUUUAAUGAACUUCCAUAAAGGUUGUUCUUACUUAACAUUUUAAUAUAAAAUUCCAGCUUCCAAAUGUUGUUUGGAACUAGAAGGGGAGAGUAUGACUUACAUCUUUGUUGAAUAGUGGUAGUGGGGACAUGGCAUACAACUAGUAAGACCAAAACUAUAUUAAUCAAUUUUAGCAGAAUACUAGGGCUAAAUUCAUUGCUCUCUACACACCAUUCAAAAGCUAUAAUUGAAACAGUAUUCCUAUUGGAUACUUGGUGAAUAGGUAGUUCAGAUUUAGAAGUAGUUAGAGACUCAAGAUUUUUUCUGGUUUCAAGAUGAGCACUUUCCUUGGUUGGUUUUCCAAAUGAGUCCUUUUGCUUAGCUGAUUUAUGAAAUUCCAUAUUGGAUUUAAGGAAAACACAUUGAAGUACCUCUUUCAGAUAUUUGACCAAAACUCUAGAAUGAGAUAAUAGUUGAAGCCGUAUUCCAAAUCCAUGUGUAAGUCAAGCAAGUCUGUGUCUUUUUGUUCCUUAUAAAUUUUGCUGUCCGUGUCUUAAACGAAUUAGGUAUUUUUAGUCUAAGCAAUACAGCCAACACUGUGUGUGUGUGCAUGUAUGGUUGUAAUAUUUGCUAUUGUAUGCAUUUCUGUUUUUAUCAGUAAGUUUUUAGCAAGUAAGAAAUGUACAGCAAUAACUACAAGAACUGCUAAUUUUUAAAUAAGUUUGUGGAUCUGUUUCAUUAAAAUGUUAGAUCCUAUGGAUGAUAUCCAUUUUUAGUAUAAUACCCACUGAAAUUAGUGGAGAAGUAAAUUGCUUUCCGUAGGUCUGUUCUGAGUAUGACUUAGCUGGAUAUCACCCUGUUUUUUCUGUUCUUCAUUGGAUUUGUUGAACUGGGAGAUAUUUAAUGACUGUUUCCACACUAUAGUGACAUAAAAUUUUGUGAAUAUAAUAACUGCAGAGCUAGAACUGUUCUAUAACCUGAACAAGCAAACAAAAACGAAUCUAAAUCUCUUACAAAUUGAUAUACAUGAACGUCUAAAGCAGCAAGAUACACUGAAAUAGCAGUCCAAUAUCUGAUUACUGUUUUCUUAUCAACACCUGAAGUGCAAUCCUCUGCAUGUUUACUCAGAAGUAAGUCUCACUGUGUUCAGUUGGGCUUAUCCCAGGUAAGUGUGCAUAGGAUUGUCACCUUGCUCAGCUUAAACUGGCCUGAGGCACAUCUUCUGUAAUAGUUUUGAUUAGGUUUCAGUCUAUGACAAUAGGUGAUGGCAAUUUAAAAUGCAUGCAGUUUUAAUAAUUUAAUUUUAAAGUCAAAGGCAGAAACUAUUUUUAUUGCUGUAAUGUAUUAAAUGUCCACAAGUGAAAAUAGAAUAACUGUAGCAACGUUUUUCAUAAAUUAUCUUGAGUUUUUCUCUUAACAGAGGAUCGCAAGCUUUAAAAUUUUUCAACACCCAUCAGUUAAAAUGCCAGUUGCAAAGACAUCCAGACUGUGCUAAUGUGAAACAGUGGAAAGGUGGACCUGUGAAGAUAGAUCCCCUGGCGUUGGUACAAGCCAUUGAAAGAUACCUUGUAGUUAGAGGUACCUCUUUUCCUUAUGAUACACUGUAAAAGUAUGGUGGUUGCCUUGUGUGUCAGUUCUUGCAGUAUGUGUCAUAAAGGGUCUCAUUGUACAGCUUGCAAAUUUAUGAUGUUGUAAAUUGACAGUAAAAUCUGAACCUUUUUAUUUCCUGAUUAUAGUUCAAUAAUCAUUGUAUAGAUUUUCAGGUUGAUUGAGACUGCCUGUCAAUCUCCAAUUAAAAUGCUCCCGCUCCCCCCCCGUGUAUUCAAGAAUGCAAUCUGCCCAGCCCAAAUGGUCUCUCUGGUUCACUUUAUCACUUGUUGCACCAGAAUUGCUGUGUUUGCUUGUAUGUAAAUAGCAAAUAGGUAUCACCAAAAACCUGGGAAAACUUCAAGAUCCCACAUGUUAAAAGUUUCAUACCACUAGCUAAAAACUAUUGUUGCUAGUGGGAGAUCUUUAUAAGAUAGUAUUUUGGAGAGCUAAUACUAAAAUGCUUCACUGUCCGUCACCAUGGACUGCUCAAACAUGUUUCCACAGAUGCUAGACAUCUAUGUUAUUUCCCCUGGGGCAAGAAUAGGGAGAAACAGAUGGCACAUAGGUGUGGAUUGUUCAAAAGUGGACUUUUACCCUAGUUUAUAGAGCUACAUAACUAUCAUAAUUAUUGUCAAUUUUGAAGCAGGGUAUCUUUGUUGUUUGAGGUGCUAGGUCAAAAGGACAGUAGAUUGCUUCUCGUAUCUCCAGACUAAGCCAAAGGUCACUCGCAGACCAAGCAGCAAUGGAACUUUCUGUAUAUUUUUUCUCAAAGUUCUUUGAAAGUGUUUUCAAAAAACGAAUUCUAUUUGAAUAAAAGAGGGAGGGUCUUCACUUCUCUAAUCUAGCCCAGUCUAAUCUAGUUCACAUCUCAAGUCUACUCCAUAGCAACCAGCAAGAUGUCUUUUGGGAAUCCCACAAACAGGAAUGAGAGCAAUAGUUCUCUUCCUCAAUUGAUCACCUGCAACUGGUGUCCAUAGGAAUUUUGCCUCUGAUGCUAGAGGUAGUGUGCUGCCAUCAUGACUAAACUAUUGCCAGUCUAUCCAUGUAUUCGUCUAAUCCCUUUAUAAAACUAUCAGAGUUGGUGACCAUUGUGUCUUGUGGUAGCAAAUUCCAUAGUUUAUGUCCUCAGUGCAGAGGUCUGGUUACUCUGCAGUUCUGCACAUAGGAUGCUACUAAAGCUGCAUACAGUGGUACCUCAGGUUACACACGCUUCAGGUUACAGACUCCGCUAACCCAGAAAUAUUACCUUGGGUUAAGUACUUUGCUUCAGGUUUGACUUCCGGGGUGGCGCCAUCGGUAAUGGCGGACUCCCUCUGAUCCGGAGGGACUGGCUCCAUGGAAAACGGGUCUUUCCCGCUACGGCGAAGCGGGGACCCUUUGAAAAAUCACAGGCGGAUGAAGCCUGUGACCAUGGGACUCGCCGGGCACCUUUCGCGCCCCCCCCAACUCGUAAAGGAACCCAGUUACGGGCUCCGGAGCGAAGAGGGAGAAGUGGCGCGGUGCUGAGAGUCAACUGCUUAUUCCGUGGAGCGAAGCCGCAUAGCCGUUGCUGGAGAGCGCUGCCUUUUUCCUGGGACAAUUUGGCUUUUAAAACAAUUACCCAUGAGUAGCUCAAUUUCGAACAAUUGGACUUUAAAUAAUGACCUGCGAGUAGAAAGGAAAAGUGGACUAAGAAAUUCUUCUCAAUUUGGCACUGAAACGGGAAGGUCUAAACAGGAAGUCAGCCUUCUGUUUCUUGUAGAUAGAUUAAAGCAAAGACAUGGCAAACUAGAGUUCAGAAAAUCGUUUGUAAAGGAUUAACUUUCAUCAUUUAAAAUUGUUGAACCCCCUUCGGAAGCAGGAGAAGAGGGGGGAUUUUUUCUGGACUGGUUAAACCUGCAGAAGAGAGUGUAAAGAAAAGUAAUUUUCCACCGUCUCGGACCUGGGAGCGGGGUGUCAGGACUGACGUUCUUUGGGAAGUUCAUUGACCAUAGACAAACGUCUUUGACAGACAGUUAAAAGAAGAGAAACAUAGUGAUUCCAUCGUUCUCCUUCGCAUUUUAAAGGAACAAAUAUUGACAAAAUAUCUGAAAAAGGAAACUUUGUUGCUAGAUCUACUUUUAAAAGAAAAGAUCAAAUAGAAGUUCUUCCCCUAGAGGAGCCUAUGAAACUGUUACUAAAUCUAAAUCGGGGAGCUCUGCAGCUGCAACAGAUUACGAUCGUGGGAACAGACUUCUGACCUUGUAUAACAAUGUAUUCAGAAGCUCUGGUGCGUGCUUUCUGCAAAACAAGUGCCCUAUUGGAACAGUUACAUGAGAAGACGGACUUGAUGACUGUUGCGAUCAGAAAUUUUGGACAGGUAGUGGGUAACUAUAUAGAACCCACCCAGGAAUCAAAUCAGGAGUGUGCUCUGACAGAUCAGAUGAGGGAAGAGGAUGUUGCUGGACCUUGGGUGCCAGAGAUGGAGGGAGCUGUGGCCCAGCAGGAACAUGAGUUGUUGGAUUUGACAAAUGAACUUGGAAAAAGCCAGGCUUGGAGAGAUAGAGUUUUGUUUGGUUUGGAAAUGGGGGGUUGGAUAGACCCCCCUAUGCAGGGAUGUUUUGACUUUCCAAGUCUGGCAAUGGGCCGUGAGAUGUUUGGGGUUGUGGGGGCUCUUAAUUCUGGAGGGAUUUUGAAACAUGUUUUUAAAUACCACAUGGAGUUUAGUGUGGACUAUGGAAAAGGGGCUGAUUUGUCGAGAAGGGUCAAAAACACUGUCAAGUUGGAGUUUCCACGAGUGAAAGGAGCAGGAGACAAAGUAAAGUACAGGUAUAAAUAUGAAGAAGAGCUGCGGAAGGGACAUGGAAGAGACUUAAGGGCCUCGGACAUAAGAUUACCAGGUUAAUGAGCUAGAUUGAUGGGAUAGAAAGGACUGACAAAACCUGGGACCAGGAGGAAGAGACGCUGGAUGAAGAUUGGAAGAAAGUUUUUUUUAAAAAAAAUUUAUUAGGAUUGUUUUAUAAAAUUGAUGACUGUUAGAAAAAUGUUGGAACGAAAUCAUUUGGCUUUAGUAAAAAUGUUAAAAGAAUUAUGUAAGAAUAUGUUAUGGUUAUGAGAAACUGGUAUAAAUAAGAUCUAAGUUUUAAGUUUUAGGGUCUUUUAUAGUAAGAUAAGGUUAAAAUAGAUUAAGGUAAUUUAAUGACAGAAUAUUAUGAAAAAUGGAAAGGAUUUGCUGUGAUAAUUAACAACUAGGAUACAAAAAAGGGAGGAGUGAGGAGGUCGAUGAAAUAAGGCAAUGACAGUUAAGGAUUUUGGAAUAUUGGAUUUGUUUUUAAAUUUUUGUGGUUUAUUUUUGCUUUUUGAUUGUCUUGUGUUACGUGUUUUGUUGUUACUUUUUGAUUUUGAUUUUUAUCAAUUUGUAUUGCUUGAUUGUGGUUUGUUUUUCUUUUGUUUUUUCUCUUUCUUUCUUUUUGUUUAUCUUGUAAUUUUAAAAUUCUUAAUAAAUAUCAUUAAAAAAAAAAAAGUACUUUGCUUCAGGAUGAGAACAGAAAUCGUGCUCCUGCGGUGCAGCAGCAGCAGGAGGCCCCAUUAGCUAAAGUGGUGCUUCAGGUUAAGAACAGUUUCAGGUUAAGUACGGACCUCCGGAACGAAUUAAGUACUUAAUCUGAGGUACCACUGUAUUGGCAAGCUGUACUGUUGUGAUCCAUUUUUAAUGUUUCUUAGAUAGUGACUUAUUUGCGUCUGGGAAUAGAAUAGUAUGAGAGGUGUUUCUUGCAGCCUCUGUAAAACACUUUACAAGUUGCACUGCUGUUGUCUGUUUUUAGGUUAUGGCAGAGUGAGAGAAGAUGAUGAAGACAGUGAUGAUGAUGGAUCAGAUGAGGAAAUAGAUGAAUCUCUGGUAAGGCUUUGUUCAGUUUUGAUCUCCUUUGCUCACAGCUGGAAGGUUGAUUUUUAACUUCUAUCCUUUCCUUCACAUAGGCUGCUCAGUUCUUAAAUUCAGGGAAUGUGAGGCACAGGCUUCAGUUCUACAUUGGAGAUCAUCUCCUGCCAUAUAACAUGACGGUGUAUCAAGCAGUUAGACAGUUCAGUUUGCAAGCUGAAGAGGAAAGGGAAUCAACAGAUGAUGAAAGCAACCCUUUAGGAAGAGCUGGCAUAUGGACAAAGACUCAUACCAUUUGGUAAGUCAAUCAGAAGAAGGGGAACAGUCACUGUUGUCACUGAGUUACAGAUGCAUAUUUGUUUGUAGCCCUCAUGUGUUAAACUUAUUGAAUAAUUGUGUAAAAUAUCAUUUUCACUCUUCAUUAUAUUAAUAUGAAGUAAGAAUCUGUUAGGACAGUAAGAUUAUGGACAGCACAAAUUAAUCUGGAUUGCUUUACUGUGAAGUAAAGCAGAACAUCCUGUUCAAGCAGCAGAUUCGAAAGAGGUUCCAUUAUUGCUAUCACUAUUUUUCUUUCUCUUUUUACAUGUGCUGUUAUCUGGUUGCAGAGUGCUUGUAUUCAAGUAAAUAUAGGAUCUCCCUGUUUUUCUCCAUAGGUUAAGGGGAGCAGGAGAGGUAAAAUCCCAAGGCCCAAAGUAUUGAGUGAACCAGACAUACUUAGCAAUGGUUUGCAUAUAAUGCUAACCCAUGGUUUAGCACUAUGAAGAUGAGCCUGAACCGCAACGCUAAGCUCUUCUUCCCCUUCCCCUUCCCCUUCCUCUGUUUCUGUAGUGAGGAGGAGGCCUUCUUCUGAGUUUACUUCAAGUUUAAAAGAAUAUUUUGGGUACAAACCAGAAUUCCUAGUUUCAAACAAAGACUAGCUGCUAAGAAGGCCAACAUAAACCAGAUUAUAACCCAUUUUUAAUUAACCACUAUUUUAAACCAGGAUUCCUGGUUUGUAUGUAAUGCUAAACCAGGAUUAUUUUGAAUUGGAAAGUACCGUAUUUUUUGCCCUAUAGGACGCACUUUUUCCCCUCCAAAAAUGAAGGGGAAAUGUGUGUGCGUCCUAUGGGGCGAAUGCAGGCUUUCGCUGAAGCCUGGAGAGCGAGAGGGGUCGGUGCGCACCGACCCCUCUCGCUCUCCAGACUUCGCGCAGCUCUCCGCAAGCAGUGGGAGCCGAUGCUGGGCUCCCGCCGCUUGCGGAGAGUUGCCUGCAUGCUGAAGCCUGCGCGCGCUGAGCUCAGCGCGUCCAGGCUUCGCGCACUUCUCAGCAAGCAGCGGGAGCCGGCGCUGGGCUCCCACGGCUUGCAGAGAGCUGCCUGUCGGGGGCUGGGGUCGGGGGAAGCUCGGGCUUCCCCCGGCCCAGCCCCACACCUGGGGGGGAGAUAAUUUUUUCCCCUUUAUUUCCCUCCCCCCCCAGAAAACUAGGUGCGCCUUAUGGGACGGUGCGUCCUAUAGGGCGAAAAUACGGUAAUAUUUGCAGAAGUUGCCAUCCUUGUGUAGGAGGAGGAGUGGGGAGUGUGUGAGCCCAGUGCUUUGCUCAUGCGCUCUGAGGCUUGUCCACAUAGCACUCAGUGAUUUACUGGUAAGUGUGUAGCAGCCCAAUAUUUAGGAGAUCUGCGAUUGAUCUUCAGGUUGUUGUUUUUUAUUAAUUGUACCUGUUAUGGCCUGGUAGCUGCCCUGCCCAUUCCCCGCUUUGCCAGCUUGCUGAUGAAAAUUGUUCUCUCCCGCUGCUGGUCACCCAUGGCAGCAGUGGAGAAUAUAGGAACUUAUACUCCACUUCCAUAGGGCUUGGAGCAGUUUUGAAGGGGAUAUGGUUAACCCUUCUGCUGCUGCUCCACAUAAAUUGACAGACCUCCAUAGCUGCACUUCCAUGUGGGGAAAUAUUGGGAGAGCAAUUAUGAAUCUCUUGUGUAAUGAGUAGAUUGGUUCUCAGUUUGGCACUAAAAGAUAGACUUUUAAUAAUUCUAAUUUUAUAGGUAUAUAGUAUUGGAUUGGCAUGCUCUUUUCGCACAGGAAAUUACUGUUCCUGUAGAUUUCAUUAUCUGGUCAGGUAGUCAGUAACAUAAUGCUUCUUUUUAGGUACAAGCCAGUGCGAGAAGAUGAUGAUAGUAAUAAAGACUGUGUUGGUGGUAAAAGAGGAAGGGCACAAACUGCUCCUACGAAAACAUCCCCUAGAAAUGCAAAGAAGCAUGAUGAAUUGUGGCAUGGUAAGCAUUUGGAUCACCUGUAAGCAUAGAGGGAAGGUUGCAUAAUGUUUUAUUUGAAGCACAGUUUAAUUAAGAUCCUGUUGCUGACUGUUACAUAAAGAAAGUAAAAAUAUAUGAAAACCUUUUUCCACUGAUUAAUAGAAUCUAUCCCUUUUUCAGAUGGGGUAUGUCCUUUGGUUUCAAAUCCUUUGGAAGUUUAUCUUAUAUCUUCGCCACCUGAAAAUAUAACUUUUGAAGAUCCUUCAUUAGAUGUUGUUAUUCUUCUGAGGGUUUUACAUGCUAUCAGUCGUUAUUGGUAUUACCUGUAUGAUGUGAGUACACUUGUUGCUGUUGUGUUUGAAUUUUUUCUGAUCUUUGCUUAUAUUUGUCUGCUUAAGGAACUUCUGACUGUAUUGUAUCUUUGUAAACAACUUAGAGACUCUUGUAGUAAGCAGUAUAUGAAUUGUUUAUAUAAAUAAAAUAAAUAAAGUUACUGCUCUUCAUAGGUGAGGCAAGCUGGCCAAGCAUUCUGGCUUCUCCAACAGAUUGCAAUUCUCCAGGUUCAGCUUCAUCAGAAAAGGGCUCACAAGGCUAAAACUACCACCCACCACACAGCCAGCAAUAGUCCUGUUAAUGUCACCUGCCUCCACAAUAGUACAAAGCAAGCUAUGCCUCUCUUGUAACCCUAGUGUGCAAACACACUUCAAACCACAGUUUCAGUGCCUGGCUUUAGCAGAAACCAUUGUUGGGGUUGACCAUGGUAUGUGGCAACACCAGAUUACAUGUGCAUCAUGGUUAAUGCUGAAUAGCGGGGAAAUGUAAUCCAAAGUUGAGGAGAAAGUGAAGGAGCGUGUGUUCAUUUGGCUAGUUUCUGACUUGCAAGAUGUGUUUUGCAGGGAGCCCAUGUUGGGCUAAAGGCACAGUCACUGCGUUCCUGUGUUUUGUAAACUUGAACAGUCUUGGUAGUGAAUGAGUUUUUCUAAAUAGAAGCAACUUUCUUUUUGACAUUGCAGAAUGCAAGCUGUAAAGAGAUUAUUCCAACAUCAGAAUUUAUCAACAGUAAACUCACAGCAAAGGCAAACAGACAGCUUCAAGAUCCUUUGGUGAUAAUGACAGGAAACAUACCAACAUGGCUGACAGAGCUUGGGAAAUCAUGGUAUGGAAUUUGACUAUAAACCAUUAUUGUACUGUGGAGAUUUUGAGCAGACUCUUCCCAACACUAGAAUUUUUAUAAAGGAAUGAAGGAGUGAGGGAGAUGAUGCAGAACUUUGAAAUUUCAUAUUGAGCAGGUCAGGAGGAAUUCAGAAGUUUACAGGCCUGCAACAAAACCAUUUAAACAGGAUAGGUGACUUUGAAGAAGAGGCAUCAAGUUUUAAACAUGAAUAUAUAUUUCAUGAUAAAUUUCUCAAGUGGAGUCAGGUUGCCAUAUACUGUUUCCCUGUGCAAUGGUUUAUUCAAGCUUGAGGAAGGCUUAGUUUAAACCAACUUUAAGGCCUUUUUCUUUGUUCCAAAAAUAAUAUUCACAAACUUCAAGGACUAAGUAAAGAAUGUUAACAAGAUCCAGGUACUGCCCACGUGGCAGGUCUCUUUUUCUCUCUUAAGAGGCUUCCUCUGCAUCCAGCAUGGAAACAUAGACUAAUUUGUUAUCAAGCUAGUCUUUUUUGAAGGUUUUUUUUUAAAAUAAUAAUAAUAAUGCAUUGUUUUAAUUGGUAUUGUAAGCUGCCUUGAAUUUAUAUAUAUAGAUAAAUAUUUUUAAAUAAAUAAAAUGUUUUAAAUAAAACAUUGUCAACUGUUGGCAUAUACAGCCUUGCUUAACUUCCAAAUAAUAAAGUUGCAGUGUAAAACUCAUCUCUUUUUUUACAGUCCUUUUUUCUUUCCGUUUGACACACGGCAAAUGCUAUUUUAUGUAACUGCCUUUGACCGAGAUCGAGCCAUGCAGAGACUGCUGGACACCAAUCCAGAAAUCAACCAGUCCGAUUCUCAGGAUAGCAGAGUGGCACCACGACUAGACAGGAAGAAGGUAACUUUAUUAUUGGGGGUGGGGGCGUGGCAGGAAAGAAAUGACCUCAUUGAACCCCUCAGAGGUUUAGAAUAAGCUUCUUUUCUAUAACUGAAUUACAUUAGUUAUAGGAAGAAGUUGGGGAAGUCUGCAGUUCUUCCAAAUGAUCACAUUAAGGCCUUUUCAAAGCUACUGUGAGGCAGUAAAUAUGAUUGUUGUCAUGGUUUAUAAAUGAUGCUCGCUUACUAAUUUUCAUGUAUUCUAGAACACCUAAAUCCUCUGAUCUGUAACCUGAAAUGAAUUCUUGCUUCAAUAAUGAUUUUUUUUUUCUUCAAAUACAAUUGCAAAUGCAAGGUGUAGGGAGAUCCAGUAUCAAAUACAGCAGAAUAGUUAUGGAGGGUGCAUUUGGCUUGGGCAAGUGGGCACUAGGACAAUAACAAGCGGUCCUGUUGCUUGAAGGCAGGAAAACGUCAGUUUUCCAAAGGAAUCUUUUGACUCACCCUUCCCUUGGAGUGAUAGUUCAUUUUGCUGCCUUACUUGAAGAGAGCUUAUGUCUUGCUUGGGCUCUUGUUGGUUUGUUUUACUUUUAGGAAGUUUGGUGGUUUGUGAGUGGGAUGAAUGUGUAAUUGGUCAGGUGAGGACAAUGACGAUGGGAGUGGGAUUUUUUUACUGAUUCCCCAUUCCCUGUGUAGCGCCCCCUCCCCAAAUACGCUCUAGGAUCCUUUGGAACAAUGUGGGAGGCAGUGGUGGUCAGAGGACUGCAUUUGGGUUGUCUCUUAGUGCAGACCCAGGUCAUUAGGCCUGAGCUUCUGCAGCCGCCACUCACCACAAACCACUAUUGGCAGAAUUGGCAGCUUUAAAUGUGCAUUGUAUAUUGGGCUUCCUUCCAUAAUGUUUCCCUUUGAAAUGUUUAAGAUAACCUUUUUUGUUAAAUGUGCAUCCUGUACUUGAUCUCCUUUUAUAAUGUUUUAUUUUGAAAUCUUUAAGAUAACAUUUUAGUUUCCUGUUGAUUAUGUUGGUUUGAAUUUAUACUUUAUAUUUGAUAUUCUGGAUUGAUUUCUUUGAUGUUUUAAUGUAGGUUGUAAACUACUUUGAGAUUCCCCCCCCCUAAAAAUAUAAAGUAGUAUAGAAAUGAAAUUAAUAUAUAACAACAAAUAAAUACAAAGAAACAAACAAAUGAGAGAAGAAAACCCUACACACCUCUCUCCACUGGAUCAAAAAGUCUUCCAUCAACGGAAGAACACAAUUUAAUGCAAACCAACCUUAAAAAUCAAGGCUUCCUGUAAUUCAUGCAAUGAGAAAGGGAUUUUUACUAGUUUUAGGAAAAUACUUCAGUAUCCAAUGCAAGUACUACACUACAUAAAAUGCCCUCUAAAUAUAUAAUUUAGAGGGCAUUUUGACUCAGGCUGUUAUCUGUUAUCUUUGCUUUCAAUACUACAAUUGGCUUGUGAAGACUAAAAAUAAUACCUGCGUUUCGUUGACACACAGCGCACUGUGAACAGAGAGGAACUGUUGAAACAAGCUGAAUCGGUGAUGCAGGAUCUGGGCAGUUCAAGAGCAAUGUUGGAAAUCCAGUAUGAGAAUGAAGUAAGUAAUGACUAUAGCUGCCUGUCCCCGCAUGCACGGGUAAUUGUUUAUUUCCCAGUUACAAGGAAGUUCAGCAGUAGUCUAGAGUGAUCCUGUUGGCACAUCAGUCUAAGUCAUGGUUUGCCUAGCUUGCCGUGGUUUUUCUGAACAUCUGAAGUCAGCUAACAGAUCAUAUUUUGCUUUCUGUUAGUAUGGCAAGCUCACAGCAGCGUAGCCACCUUGACAACUAUGGGGCUGUCUCAGUACACUGUGGGCCUGACACAUGCUGCAGAUCAUUUCCUCAACCUGGUUUUUGCUGCAGUUCGGCCUGAAGAUGGUGCCAUAGAAUUGUAAGGCUGAAAUAGACCAUGAAGGUCAUCUGGUCCAAACCCUUGCAGUGCAGGUUUGGUAAUCAGGGGUCUUAGAGUCACAUUUUUGUCCGGGUUGUUGAACCAUAGCUUGUUUUAAUUAUGGUUUGGUGUAACAUGUGAGCUCAACAUUUUAUUAGGCCACCUCAGAUGUUUGUCAAGCUACAUAGCAGCUAAAAAGCAAACCAAGCUUUGGAGGAACAAGUUGUGGCUUAUUUGUUUGGUUUAGAGUUAUAUGGCUUCUGUGGAAAGGCUCGCCAAACCCUUAAAGGAUUCUGUUCAGAGUGUUACAAGCAUGAGGUUUUCUGUCUACAAAUAGGACUGAUGCCCUCUGAUAAGAUAGAAUAUGGUGCCAAAAUAUUUCUGAAAGGAUUGCUUGCAGUUUGCCCUUCAUUCUUUUGAAGCAAAUCAAAAUCCCAGCACUGUCUUGGUACUCUCAUACUAUAGUUGUAGCAUGCAACUCUGAAACCAAAAUCAGGUGUCCAGUUGUGAUACAAUGAUGCUUUUUCCAGUACAGUGAUUACACACCUAUUUUCUAUCCCUGCUCCAUCUUUCAAAGCAUCAUUCAGAGUCCCCUGCAGCAAUAUCAAUAUGCAAAUGUUUUAAGUUCUGAAUUAAACAAUUUGUCUAAAACCCCCCCGAGUUUAACAUAAUUAAGCCGCUUCUGUUGCACAUUUCUGCCAACAAUUCCUCCUCUACCUUCAUUCCUGCAAUUAGCAUUUCUUGUUGCAGAAAACAUGUUUGGACUUUUUACAUACAUCUCUAAAUUACUAUUCUUUUCUCAAAAGGUUGGCACUGGUCUUGGACCCACACUGGAGUUUUAUGCACUUGUAUCUCAGGAACUACAGAGAGCAGACUUGGGCUUGUGGAGGGGUGAAGAAGUUACCCUUGCUAAUCCUAAAGGUAACUACAAUGAUCAUCUUGAUAUUUUCAGAGGGUGGAAUUUUCAAAGCUUAUACUGCAUUGUUGCAGGAGAUUAAAUUGUAUCCUUUACGUGUAGCUUUAAAGUAUUGAAAGGAGCUCCAUAAACCAUCCUUUAACAGAAACGUAGAUAUUAUCAAUGGAUUAUACUUGCUUUGACAUACUACUAACCUUUUGCUCUAUUUUGGAGCAAGAUAAUGCAGUUGCUGUUGUAACCCUAUGUUGUAAGCUGACUGCAUAUCUAAAUGUAGUUCAUCUCCUUGAGUUAGUGUUUUAAAACUAGACCAUUAGUUUGAGCCAACUUAUAACUUUGACUUGUGUAUAAUUCUACUGUUUGUGUUUCAUUAAACAGGAAGCCAAGAAGGGACCAAAUAUAUUCAUAAUCUUCAAGGUCUGUUUGCACUUCCCUUUGGCAGAACAGCUAAACCUGCUCAUAUUGCUAAAGUUAAAAUGAAGUUCCGUUUUCUGGGAAAACUGAUGGCAAAAGCAAUCAUGGAUUUUAGAUUGGUAAGAGUGGAACUGGUUUUAAAUUUAAAGUAGCCUCUGCUAUACAGUAUAGCCUUCAAGCUGAAAUUGCAAUUCUAAAAGCCUGGCUUCAAGGUUCUAGUUGUGAAAAACAUACUGUUGGAAGUAGCAGCUUCUGAAUUUAGAUGGCUAAUACAUAUUAAUGAUCCCCAAAUGAUUAGCUACAUACAGCAAUGGCUCUCUUGUGCAUUAAAGUAGUCUUCAGCUUAAGUAUGUUAAGUAGUGCAAUAAUAGAGUAAUUGGAAACUUAAUACUUAAACAUCAUCCAUGGCAUUUAUACAAAUGGCAUAUACUAGAUUAAUAGCAGGCAAAGUGCAAUUUAGCCUUUUUCAGUUGUUACUUGGUGGCGUGCGGGUAUGUAGAGGUUUACACGUCCCUUUAAGUUUUGUUUUCAGAUAAAGGGAAACUGUUUUUUCCUUCUAGGUGGACCUUCCCCUUGGCCUUCCUUUUUACAAAUGGAUGCUGCGACAGGAGACGUCGCUAACAUCUCAUGACUUGUUUAACAUUGAUCCUGUAGUAGCCAGAUCAGUAUACCAUCUUGAAGAAAUUGUGCGGCAAAAGAAAAGACUUGAACAGGAUAAAUCGCAGGUAGGUAUAAUUAUAGAACAGAAGAUGCCAAAUGUAUCCAUCUGUCUUUCUUACUUGGUAGCUAGACCUGUGGCAAAUAGUAGUCCAUUUGAUGGCUGCCUUGGCCAUGGCUUAAGUGGUAGACGGAUUACAGACUGGCAAGAAGUGAUUUCCGUACUGUAUUUUCAUAGUUUAGUUCUCAUAGUUUACUUCUAUAGUUUUCAUAGUUUACUUCUAUAUUCAAAAUUGUAACCUGGUUAAUCUAAACUACAGUUAACUUAUGAAACUGGUUUGAUUCAACUAUCAUUUGAAGUUGACUUGUUUCAGCUAACCAUUGUUAAGAUUAACCACAGUGUGUUCAGGGUUUGAAUGACAUUUCCAAGCUUCUCCUUGUGGCUGCAGCAGAGAGCAUGUAAACCUGAGGCUCUCUUCAGCUUGUUUUCAUAAAAUCAAAUUCAAAUUGUGGUUUAGCAUUUAACUUUUUAUCCAAUACAAUCAGUGUUUUACAUAAACAUGCCUGCACAAAUCUUGGAUUCAUGCCUCAUCCCCUCUCUUUUGUGUGAAUAUUUAAAAGCAAUGAAGUGCUUUCAAGUAAUGAAAAGAGUGCUUUCAGAUAUCCAGCCAUAGUUACCUCUGACACCUGACCACAGGAACUGGUUGAGAACAAGCAGAGUUUAAACUCCACUUGAAAAACAUGGUUUUAACAAACCACAAUUCCCAAGCUUUAAUGUCUUGGAGAACUGUGAUAAGUUUAAAAUGGCCUUUGCAAGAGGGUACAGCAUGUUUUAUUGUUGUACUUGGCCAUACUUACAUUUUGUGAAUGCUGCUAGUCAGUUUCCUGGUAAUCUUGUGACCUAUAUGCAUAGCUAAGGCUAAGUUGAAUGUUAAUGGCAUCUUAUUUUCUUGGAUUUUUACUUUAUAAUUGUGUUGAAGCACUUGGGCCUGCUGAUACCCCGUAAACAACUUUUAAUAAAGUGCAAAUAACUCAGUGUUGUGCUUAUCUAAUCCUUCCAACAGAACACACCUUUUUUCUUACUUGAUGAAAUUCUCCCCCCUAUCCUUCCCCCAUGCACUGUUCUAGGGGUUCUUCUGACACCCCUUCCCCAGCAGAUUUCAGGGAGAUGCAGGGGAAUGCAGUGGGGAGGAAGGGUCUGUUGUGCCAGCAGGAGCCCUUCUGCUGGCUUCCACAAUCGUGGAGUUAAAUGAAUGUUAGCCACUUUAUGAAUAUUACACUAUAGAAGGCUAGACCUAAAAUUUCUAAGUUGUCACAUUUUAUCUUUAGACCAAAGAAAGUCUACAGUAUGCGUUGGAAACACUGACCAUGAAUGGCUGCUCAGUAGAAGAUCUAGGGUUGGACUUCACCCUCCCAGGCUUUCCAAACAUAGAGCUGAAAAAAGGAGGGAAAGAUAUACCUGUCACCAUCCACAAUUUAGAAGAAUAUCUCAGAGUAAGUAACAAGAAUGUUGGAAGGGUCUGCUGGGUCCAGAAGUCUCCCCCCCUUUUUUUUUACUAGAGUAUUAACUGCAAACAACAAUGACUGGUCUAUAUGCAUUACCCUAAAGUAUUGAUUCACAUUGUGUUGAAGUUAGUAACCAAAGUCCCAUAGCUCUGAACAGGUCAGGGCUCCCCAAGAGAUGUGACUAUUUGAACAGUGUAAAUGCAGACCAAAUAAUUAGCAGUUUUUCCCUAACUAGUAACUGUGUGUAUAUGUGUGUUAGUACAGUGAGUUAAUACAUUUUUCGAGAGAGCCAUCUAUAGUUGAAGUGUCUACCUAACUCUCUAGUACUGGCUUAAUUUUAAUUUUACGCCCAGUAAGACGAAUGUACCAACUUAGCCACAAUUAGAAUUGUUGUUGUUGUUCUUCACGAGACCAGCUUUGCUCUCUUGGUGACUAGCCAGUCCUGAAAACAUUGCUGGCCUUUUACUUUACUAUUUUCAGUAACUGGAAAAUAAAGGGUGUUGUUGACUUGAAGGACAGUUCUCAACCUUGCUUUCUUUUUCUACAGUUUAGGUACUUUAGUUUCUUCUCCCCGGAUCAUCAUCUUUCUUAAUAAUAAUGCAUUAUUUAAAAUUGCUGUAAUUUUACAGUUAUGUGUUUCUCUGUGUGUGUUUUUGCAGCUGGUUAUCUUCUGGGCACUAAAUGAAGGCGUUUCCAGACAAUUUGAUUCCUUCAGAGAUGGAUUUGAAUCGGUCUUCCCCCUCAGUCACCUUCAGUACUUCUAUCCUGAGGAGGUUAGUACCCUUAUGCCAGGUGCAAUAACUUGGUUCAUCUGACCUGCUUGCUCAGCUUUUGAUGGUGUGCAUGUUGGCUCCCUCGGCCAAUAAAGCGAGAUGAGCGCCGCAACCCCAGAGUCGGUCACGACUGGACCUAAUGGUCAGGGGUCCCUUUACCUUUACCUUAUGCGAGGAGCUGGAGUUCUGUAGGAGGGUCCAGGAGUCUCUUAAUACAAUUUUCUCAGCACCCUCAUAAAUACAGACGUAUCUUUGAAUGCGAAUGGAAUCUGUUCCGGAUGUCUGUUCAACUUCCAAAACGUUCAGAAACCAAAGCACUGCUUCUGAUUCGCUGCAGGAAGCUCCUGCAGCCAAUCAGAAGCCGCUGAAGCCCCGUUGGACGUUUAGCUUCCAAAAAUAGUUCACAAACCGGAACAGUUACUUCUGGGUUUGUGGUGUUAAGGAGCCAAAAUGUUCAAGAACUAAGCUGUUCGAAAACCAAGGUACGACUGUAUACUGUUUCCAGACUUACUGUGGUAGUCAUGAAAUUCAAAUCAUUUCUAACUUUUCUAGCCUGUUGUACUUAAAUAUUCAAUGUAUGUAGAAAAGAAGUACAUAAAAGGACUGUAACUCUCACAAAAUACUUAAUUCUAUAUAUCAUAGUUUGGUCCUGAAUAUUUUAUAUUAAAAAUUCAGUAAUUAUCCAAAGAGAUUUGGCUUACUGUGUUUGAAACAAAGUUGAUUUUAAGUUUUGGAAGAAAUGAAAGGAGUGGAGAGGAAGGACGCCUUCAAAAAUUUGGAUUCUGAGUUAGAGAAUCAGAGUUAGCAUGAAGCUUCAUCUCUGAAGUUUGGUUAGGUGGUAGUACUUUUAGCCUGUGUGCAGGGAAUUGUAUUAGUCAUGUGAUAAUUCAACAACAAAUUGAUGUUCUCUCUUCUCUCUCUCCCUCCCCCCCCCCUCGGUUCCACUCUGGCAUUCUAUGUUGUUAUAGCUGGAUCAGCUUCUGUGUGGUAGCAAAACAGAUACUUGGGAUGCAAAGACAUUGAUGGAAUGUUGCAGGCCAGAUCAUGGUUAUACACAUGACAGGUAAUCACAAAGUAAUAUAAUUUGUUGCUAGUUGGCAGUGAUCUAAUGUGUGGAAUGUCUCAAACAGCUUUUUGUGCUGUAGCUUUAUUAAGAUAACCACUUGUUGAUUCCUCAGUGGAUCUUCUGUUUAACAAUCUCUAUCCCCCCCUUUUUUUUUUAAUUCUAGUCGUGCUGUGAAGUUCCUGUUUGAAAUUCUCAGUAGUUUUGAUAGUGAGCAGCAAAGAUUAUUUCUCCAGUUUGUGACUGGUAGCCCUAGACUGCCAGUAGGAGGUGAGUGUUUUUAUAAUAUUGGCUAAAAGCAAGUGCAAAUGCAAUAGCUAUAUUCAUAAGUUGAAAACCGUAUUUACUAUGUUGAAUCCUCCAAAGUAAAAACUCUGUUGUGCUAUAAGCUAGUAGAAGUCUAUCCUUCUGAACUGUGUACUAAUACAACGACUUUGAUUUAAGAGGGAUGGGGAACCUGUGACCUUCAAACUCCCUCCAUUCUGUCUGUAGGCUGUGCUGGCCAGAGCCGAUGGUAGUUGGAGUCCAAAAACAUUUAGAGGGGUAACUGGUUUCCCUUCCCUGAUUUCAAAAUAAAGUCAUUGACAGUCAAUUGGCGCAUGUACACAAAGCCUACUGAGUUCAAUAAGACUUAGCUCCCCAUUAAGUAUGCAUUGGGCUGCAGUCUUACUUAGCCCAGUGCAUAAGAACCUAUAAUAAAAGCUGAGCAUCCCUGUGUUUUGCUAAUAGACAUAAAGGUGAGUGUUAACAUUAUGUUCUACUUGUCUAGGAUGAGUUGCUAUUGUCUCUAGGCAAAGACUCAAUUUGUCACACCGGUAGAACUUCAUAUGGAAUGACUGUACUAGUAUGAUAUAUGACUAAUUGUGGCAUUUGCUUCGUUAAGAGCCUAAAAUUCUUGGCUACUGGGAGAGGAGCAGAAAUGAUGCAUAAGCAAACUUGGUUGGAGCCCCACCAUGGUUGCUGCCUGUCCCUUUGUUGUUAAAACAUCUGCUUCCUCUUUAAUGUUAGAGGCCAUCUGUGUGCAGCUUCCAAAAUUGCUCUGUGAAUGACAAGCUAUGAAGACUGCACUCAUGAUUCUAGAGUUAGAAUUCUUUAUAUUAAACAAGAGUGUACCACAUGCACAACUGACAUUGCAGUGCUACAGAGGCAGGCUACAUUGGAGCCCAUAAGCCUUUUAAUGCUAGAAGAGUGAGUGAGCAGGUGAUUUUGCAGGGGUGAGGGAUUCCGUUUUCACACGGCUGAGUUAAUCCACCUAAGUAAUACAGAAAGCAGCAAGAAGAAUGCAGUCUUUUUCUGAGACCAAUAGCUUAAUGCUCUUAAACUUUCUUAAUAUUAAAUCUGUUGUGAACUUCGUUGUUUUUUUCUUCUUAGGCUUUCGGAGCUUGAAUCCUCCACUUACAAUUGUACGCAAGACAUUUGAGUCUACAGAAAAUCCAGAUGACUUCUUACCCUCAGUAAUGACUUGUGUAAACUAUCUCAAGUUGCCAGACUAUUCAAGUAUUGAGAUAAUGCGUGAAAAACUCUUGAUAGCUGCAAGAGAAGGGCAGCAGUCAUUCCAUCUUUCCUGAUCACAAUGAAAAAUGCAAUGUCUGCCUGUUACAGCAAAAAGAGAAUCAUGAUUCUUUUCUAAAUGUAUCAUCUGAGUCGAGGAAACGUAACGCCUCCUUGUAGAAAACGGCUUGCAGAUUAUAAACAAAGACACUAGGUUGAUACUCAUUAAAGGCCCCAUGGACUUAAAAGUGAUCAGGCCCUAAAGUUGUUGUGACAAGGUUUCUUUAGCAAGUUCUUGUUUUAAAUUAUCAUUUAUCGAUGAGUGAAGUUUAACUUGCUUUGCUGUGUGAAAUUUAAAAAGGGAUGUUUUUUCAGGCUGGAACAAUAAAUGUUGCUGUGCAGUUUAAUACUGGGCUGUGUGUAUCCAUCUAGCCAAGUCUGCAGUUUUUUCCUCCCAAAGACAACUUUGUACAUAAGUACAGAAAUUGAAAAACAUGUAUUGGCACAUCUAGUUAAGUAGACUAGUUCUGUGUACCAUCACUUGCCCCUGAUUUCCCUCCCUCAUGUAUUGUCUGAUGUGCAAUCCACAUGGCUCUCUGUGUACUCCACUCACAACAAUUGUUACAUUUUGGACAUGGGCAUUUACUGGUCCAUGUUUUCUCAAAUUAAGAAAUAAUUUAAUUUUAUUAAAUAUAUUGUCAAUAAUUCCGCCUUUGUAAGUAGGUAGAAUCUUUCUUAUAGCUUAGUUUAAUGUAGUAGUAGGAUAUAUUGGCUACAAUCUUUACCAGAAAAUACUCUAGAACCAUUCACACAGUGAUUUAGGCAACAGCCUCUUACUGGUGGGCUAGGAUGAAAUUGAUUUUUCUUGUGUAGUUGAAAAACUCAACAACCGAUUGGUCUGGCCAAUAUUUAUGGUGUGGCCAGAGCAUUUUGAAUUGAUGUAAAGUUUUUUAUAAAGUUGAAUUAGUAUUUUCCUUCCCUGUUCAAUCCUUUCCCCUUGAUUUAAGUUUUUUCCCCCUGUACGUCCUCUUCCGUCCCCUAAGCCCUCCCCUAGCACCUUGCCCCCCAGCACUGGUGUGGAUCAAAACAGUUCAGCAUUUCUUUUGACACAGAUAAAACACAUGUAAGCAAUGCUCUGUCCGAUUGUUUUCUGUGCUGAUUUCUCAAAUCUGCAAUAAUUUACUUCAUCAGGUUAAUGUUUUUACCUGAAUAUAAAUAAAGUUUGCUUCACCUUUUUGUUCAUAGUUCUGUACUGUAUGCAUAAGUUCAAUUGUGUAAAUUAUUCCAAUGCAAGUAAAUCAUCUUAAUUCUCCUUGGCUAGCUAGCCACCUUGUCAUGGAUGAUUUACCAUUAAAACAAGAGUUUGCAAGAUCUGGUAUUCUUUUAUUUUUAUAUGAGUUCAAAAACAAGACUAUUCCAAAACAUUCCCGAGAUGUACAUCCUGUAUAGUUCAUCUCUUAAAUGAAAAUCUGACAGCGAUUACUUUAUUCAACUUUGAGAAAUCAAAAUAAAACACUUGAGUGCUGUUAAUUUGGUUGGAUGAUCAGGGUAGAAUAUCUAUGAAACAUCAGCAAGUUUCCUUUUCAGACGAAGAACCUGUAACCACACAAUGUACUUCAGUACAUGUAACUGACAUUCUCUUUUAAGUUAAUGUUCACUGAAUUAAAUGGGACUGGCCAUACUGUGCACCACUGAACUGUGAUGGGAAGCUGAAUGUGAAAUCCUUGUGCAAAGACUCUGAGCAGUCUGUCAGAUUAGAACUGAAUGGAAGUGCGUCACAGUGGACAUAACAAUUGGUCAUGCAGAACAUGGCUAGCAUUUCGUAGAAACCGAAAGGCAGUGUUAAAAAGUAUGGACUGGUAUUUAAAAACUGUUCUGAUAACGCUAUCAAAACUUGGCACAAAAGACUCGUGUUUAUAGUGUGUUGAUAGCAACUUGUUCUUUUUUUUAAGGUUCUAUAUUUUAAAAAGACUGACUUAUGUAAAAAUAUUUUGUAUUAAAAUAUCAUCUGUAUUGAUAUUUUUUUACCCAUGUUGUCUCCCUACAGAACCUGGCUUUCAUUGACUUGUAGUUCUUAAAUUUAAAUAGUUUAUACUAGCAAUCCAGUGCCUGAAAGUCCAUGCGGCUUGGGGGGCUGCCAUUUGAGAAAAGCAUGUCUGUACACUUAGAUAUGGGGCUGGUGGCAGCUAAAGAUUGUAUUAAAUGCAACAAACACAUGUAUCUAACAGAAUGGCUCGUGAUGAAGCCUAACUCUGGCAUUCUGGAUGUUUGUAGAAAAUGCUUGCAAACUCUGGUUUCCCAGAGCAUAAUGUGGGGCACUGAUUGGUGUCCUGAAUGACAUAUCUCUGCAGUUAAUAAAAGGAUUGACAAUAACCGCUUUGAAGAGAUCAGUAAUGCUACAGAUACAGUCUUUUAUGGGUUGCUAUAUUACCAGUUUUCUGUAGGUUAUCACUGUUACCAGGAAUAAAAUGCUCAUCUCAAACUAG